AAUUGAUUAAAAAUUGUUAGUUAAACCUCUAUGUAUCACGCGAUGGCCUGUCUCACUGUACCAAAUUUAUAAUAUCUCGGUGAGCAUUCGGAAGUCAGCCAAGCGCGGUCAUUGCACGCGUGCUGAACAAGAAUGCUGUAUCAUGACAGACUAGAAACAAUAGACAACUCCCAAAGCACAAACUCAGCCAAAACGCUAAAAAUCUUCAAUGUUUACUCAAGUUUGGGCUUAUAGAAGAUAAUGUCACAGUUUUUCAAUGACCAUGAAAUUCAGAGUCCGGGUAGUUAGUUAAUCAAUUGUGGCCCUGAAAAAAUUUGAAGGAAAAAAAAACUACGAAUUUUUAAGAAAAUGCUUUUUUCGUGAGAAGGACUCUCAAACGCUGACAAACGUCAACAAAUAGCGAAAACUAUAAUUUCUAUAUGUUUGCUUUGCUCGAAAUCGCGCGCAUUUACAAGACCCUAAAGCGUUUUGCUGACUUGCAAGGACCCAUCUGUUAUAACGAUGCCCAAAAUAAAGAGAUGAAUCUCAUAGUUUAUUAUAUAUAAUCCAUGUAAAGUUUGCUUAUCAUUUUCGCACAAAUUAUGACCUAAAUUUGGAAACCGCUGAAUUUCUCGAAUUGGGUCUUUGCGAUUUUGGUGAAACUCUGUUCAGCGCAAGGCACUAAUGCGCACUACGUGUAGCCGAGAGAUUUUCACGAAAAAAUGCCGGCAACAGCCGAUUUUCGACUCAGACCUCAAAGGGGCGUGGCAUUAUAACCACGUGACAUUUACUCCGAUCGCCAAAAAUUUUAUGUUAUAUUGCAGAUUGAUCUAUAUGUUAUCCAUUCUAUGUGUUAUACCUACGAUAAAAGUAAAGGUGGGGAUACCAGAGAGCUUCAAAGUAGGAUGGUACCCCCCCAAAAAAAUGGGUCGAGUCACCUUAAGAUGCUCAAUUAACGCGGCCUCUAAGAGCGUGUUGCAUUAAAGCACGUGUGCCUUAAUUAUGCAAAUCCUGCAUGGUUUUCAACUUGACUAUUUCUUAAUGUUUUAAGCCAUCUGCUUGGUCAGUCUUCAACUUUUAUGACGCCUAGAUUGGCAUUGAAGAAAACUAUUCAUAGAAAAAAGUUUUAUAAAUAGAUUUUAUUUUUGUGACAAAUCAUCCGCGUUUUUACUUCGGCGGAACGCGAAGUAAAGGAAUCGCGACGCUCAGGAAUGUCCCAAAGUUGCUUGUUUGGGACAGGAUUGGGCAAGCAAAGUCUGCAGAUUUUGGGUUUAAUUCUCGAGAUCACUUCGAUUUCCUUGAUUUAUUCUUUAACUUAUUGGAAAAAGAAGGAAAUAUUAUUUGGGCUUUUCCGGGGUUUGAGCCGACUCACCUGUGUGACCCGUCAGAUCAGAAGAGACUCUGAGUUGAUGGAUUAGCCGAUUGCGCUACUGCGACCGAAGGUUGUUUGGGAUAUGAAAAAUAGUUAUGAAAUUAUACACUAGUUUCGGGACAAGAUUGGGCGUGCAAGUUCGUGACGUUUCGGCUUGUUUCGGCUAUUUCUAAUCACGAAAUGAGACCAGAAUCUUGAGAUCACUUCGAGUUUAGUCUUUAAUUUACUCGAGCAAUAAAUAGAAUUACAUGGCCGCGCAGAGGCAAUAAGUUUCUCUUCGAGUGUUGAAAAAUAUCACGAGUGAGCGCUCCUUUCGAACUGUUUUACGAUGAAUUUAAAGUUACAAAAUGCUACACAAAGACGUUUUGUCUUUGUUGAGUAAUGCGUGGUAAAAUUGCCGUCACACGUUGCGUGCAUAACAGGCCAGAGCGCCGAUUUUAAGUACUAGGCGACUUUGAAAGACGCGUGCUUCACAUAUUUGUGGCGGAUUAGAAUGCCGGCUUGGUCAGAGGCCCUUUGUUUAAAACAUGGCGGGAUACUCGCAGCUUAAGGCAAGCAUGUGCCUUGUAGCUGUCAACAUAAUGCUUUUUAAUUACAUUCUGUCAUAAUUAACAAAACCCGAUCCAUGUUUGAUUGAAAGUAAUUGUACAAAUCUGGUACCAGACAAACCGCUUUUAAAAAACAAAAACACAAAACUAGUUUAUGGUUAUUUCUCAUUAAUUUCACUUGAUCAAAACAAAUAUUUACUUUUAUCAGUUUUCCCGUUUCUUUCAAAACAUCCUUCAUUUCCGGGCGUUUCACCGUAGUCAAUGAAAGAUGCGUUUUAUCGGUCUUCUUUUUCGCGGGAAUAUCAAAAUUUCCAUCUUUCAAAACGCGAUGAACCAAAGCUCGCAGGAUACCAAAGCGCCAAAGGCGCACGAUGCAGUCCCGGUGUUUUGUGAGCAUCCGUUAAAAAUAUUGAACGCCAAAACUAUCAAGUUUUGGUACAGCGAGAGGCAGCUAGUUUCUGUACCCAAAGGUUAGUUCAUGGACAGGCUAUCGAAAGAAAAUAAAAGGGAUGGUUGCCCAAUGGAUAGCAGGCCUAACUACGCAAAAUAAAUGUCUCAUUGCACCCUUGUCUGCGAGGUUAGUACUAAAUUUACACUCUAGAAUACAUUACAGAACUCAAUCAGCAACACUUUGCAAGUAGAAUUGGUGAUCAGUGUGGGCAAUUUAUAUUUCUAAGGGACGUCCGUCGCACAAAGGCUUAACGCGCGGGGGUUUUUAGUCAAUGACUGACAUAACAGUUUCCUCACAAUCGACCCAGUUAGAAUGCGAUAAUGUGCGCGUGAACUUUGCCUACAACUGGCAAUAAGCUGAAUAAACCGGAAGCUGAACACCAUGAAUAAGUUACCUAAUUACAUCGCAGGUUCUUUUUCUUUUUUUUUCAACUACUGGAGAGGUUUUUCGUGCAUUCUGUUGCGCAGUUUGGCAGUGAUAUUCCUGCAAUGGUUUUAGUACUGGUCCCGUUGCCGAAACCUUGCACCAGCAAGAUACGGUAAUCGAGAGUCGAGAAUCGAGAAUCGAUAUUGUACUCGGGACAAGAAAAGGUCGCCGUCCAAGGAACAACUGAUGAAAAGCAAGAGCUUCAAGCUGCUGAGAAUCGCCAAUUCUGGAUUACAAGCAGUGAAGGAACUCCUGAGAAGCGUCCAACUUAUAAAGGAACUUUGGAGGCAAGUCAGCCACGGUGAUUGUCGCAUCACGCAUAAAGUAGAAUAAAUUUGUUAUCCUGGUCUUGUCUUUGCCACAAAUCACGUAAAACUAUAAAGAAGGUACCACUAUGAACUCUGGAAAAUGAAAAUUCAAUAAUACUAUGGUUGACGACUGACAGUUUAAAAGAGAGACAACCUUCACCUCAGAAUCUUGGGCGCGCCGCCUGUAAGCUCUGAGGGAGAGGGAAGCCCCUUAAUUUGGCCUAUUUCAAAAACAAAUGACACUACAAAAAUAACCUACAAUUAUAAUUUCAAAAGAGAGACUACCAUCACCUCAGAAUCUUGGGCGCGCCGCCUGUAAGCUCUGAGGGAGAGAGUAGCCCCAUAAUUUGGCCUAUUUCAGAAACAAAUGACAAUGCAAAAAUAACCUACAAUAAUAAUUUGGAUAAUGACCGACAUUUCAAAAGAGAGACUACCAUCACCUCAGAAACUUGGGCGCGCCGCCUGUAAGCUCUGAGGGAGAGGAUAGCCCCAUAUUUUGGCCUAUUUCAAAACAAAUGACAGUACAAAGAAGAAUUAAAAUAAUAAUUUGAAUAAUGACCGACAUUUCAAAAGAGAGACUACCAUCACCUCAGAAACUUGGGCGCGCCGCCUGUAAGCUCUGAGGGAGAGGGUAGCCCCAUAAUUAAUUUGGCCUAUUUCAAAAACAAAUGACACUACAAAAAUAACCUACAAUAAUAAUUUGGAUAAUGACCGACAUUUCAAAAGAGAGACUACCAUCACCUCAGAAUCUUGGGCGCGCCGCCUGUAAGCUCUGAGGGAGAGGGUAGCUCCAUAAUUUGGCCUAUUUCAAAAACAAAUGACACUACAAAAAUAACCUACAAUAAUAAUUUGGAUAAAUGACCAACAUUUUAAAAGAGAGACUACCAUCACCUCAGAAUCUUGGGCGCGCCGCCUGUAAGCUCCGAGGGAGAGGGUAGCCCCAUAAUUUGGCCUAUUUCAAAACAAAUGACAAAACAAAGAUGACCUACAAUAAUAAUUUGGAUAAUGACCGACAUUUCAAAAGAGAGACUACCAUCACCUCAGAAUCUUGGGCGCGCCGCCUGUAAGCUCUGAGGGAGAGGGUAGCCCCAUAAUUAAUUUGGCCUAUUUCAAAAACAAAUGACACUACAAAAAUAACCUACAAUAAUAAUUUGGAUAAUGACCGACAUUUCAAAAGAGAGACUACCAUCACCUCAGAAUCUUGGGCGCGCCGCCUGUAAGCUCUGAGGGAGAGGGUAGCCCCAUAAUUUGGCCUAUUUCAAAAACAAAUGACAGUACAAAAACAACCUACAAAAAUCAUUUGUAUUAUGACCUACAUUUUAAAAGAAAGACUACCUUCACCUCAGAAUCUUGGGCGCGCCGCCUGUAAGCUCUGAGGGAGAGGGUAGCCCUAUAAUUUGGCCUAUGACACUACAAAAAUCACCUACAAAAAUUGUUUGGAUUAUGACCGACAUUUCAAAAGAGAGACUACCUUCACCUCAGAAUCUUGGGCGCGCCGCCUGUAAGCUCUGAGGGAGAGGGUAGCCCUAUAAUGUGGCCUAUUAAUUAAGUAAAAAGCAAGUAACAAUACAAAGGUAAACUGAAAUAAUAAUUUUUGGAUUAUGAUUGACAUUUCAAGGAGGCUAAAAUGACUGAUAUAGAAACCAUACUGUAUCUGUGACGUUGAUUAUACAGAUCGCCCACGCGAACACGAAGAUGUUGAAGUGGAAGCUAGAAUAUCUGGAGUAAUCCAGCGUCUUGGGCUCCUUCCAGCGAAUAAGAUUUUGGCGGGAUUUCGAGAGUGCUUGGCGGGCUUUUUGGAGAGUGAUUUGUCACUGGAGGCACAUCGACGCUUACAUCGUCUUAAGCCAGAGAAAAAAGACUUGAAUCCUUCGCCGUUUGAUCAAAAAGGUCGUCCAUUGAAUCAGAUAAUCGGUGUUGCUGUUCCUCAAGGGGAUGUGAAGUAGAGCUCGAGCUCUCGCUUUCGUUUUCUCCGCCGACUAUAAAAUGUGCAUUGUUGACGGCUUUUCUCAAACGUUCAAAUAGAGAAGAUUUAAAAAUUUCUUUGGUCAGGGUCUUUUCCACGCCGAGUUCCUUCCAAACCGGAGAAAGAUGUGCCAGCAGAGAGUGUAUUCCUACUUGCGGCUCCACAGUAAAAACUUGAUACGCCGACUCGCUGUUUUCGCUUCGAAGGUCACCAAUGUUGACACGGCAAACCACUCUUGGCAGAAGUUAAAUAAGCCAUCGGAGCACUAUUUUCUUAAAAGAAAGCACUUGAAAAACCAUUGAAAGCGUAUCAAGCCUAUUUGAAUCCAAAUGCGGCGAGAAAACUGUAGUUAUCAAUUGCGAAGCCAGAGGCGCGAAGAUCGACUUCCAAAUUUUCAAUCGACCGUGAAAUGAAUUUAUAAUACCCAAAUAGUCUGAUCAAAUUUCGCGUUUCCUUGAGAUGUCUGGUUCGUUUAAUCAGAAGUACAAAGUUCCUUGACAGGUAAUGUGUCCGGCGCUCUCCAAAGGUGUCUGGAGGAAUGCUUAAAACUAACUACCUUGUCUGUUAUUGGAAACCGAUUUGCGGUGGUUGCUGUGGAGAUUAGGCCUCCUCCUGCGCGCACUAAAAUCGGGGCUCUGGCCUGUUAUGCUUUCUCGAAUGUUCUCUACGUUUUUGGGUCAUUCAUGAAUACUUAGUUAGAGCAUGUCUACAUUUCAGUAUGAGUCAGCAGAUUUGCAUCAGUUACUGAAAUCAUAAAAUAUGUCGAAAAGCUACAACUAUUCGCCUGUUUAGUAUUUUCUAAAACCUUAUGUGAAAAGGUAUACAAGUACCAAGCGAGUUGUUUUGACGAACUAAGUUUUUUCCCACGAGCUGUAGGUCGAUUUUUAUGUUCUGUGUUUACAAGUUGGCGGAGGCCGUAAGAUCUCUGAAUUUCAAGUGACAGUUUGUUAUUAUUGGCAGAGGCUGUUUAGUUUUACUUAAGUUCAAGUCAAUUUGUGUUGCAUUGGCGAAAGCUGUGUUUUAAAGCUCCGUAAAGACUAGGUUCCUGAGUACAUGAGACUGUUAUGCUGUUUUCGAAGCCUGAUGUAAAAAAAAAAUAGAGAAUUCCUUUUUCACUGUUUGUUUUGUUAGACUUAUUACUUACCGCUAGUCACCUCAUAUAUUUGACUUGUUUAGACCCAAGUCAAAUUUAGAAGCAUUUGUAUGGAGUCAUCAAAGCAUAACUGGGCUAAUAUCUAAGAGACAAUUUGCCCCGAAAUGCUAGUUUUUGGCAAGUAGGCCUGAUGGAUGUUGCUCUCCAGAAUAUCCUGACAAAUCCCAUAAUUUCACAAAUUGACACCUUACUCUCACCAUAUAUCAUUUGUUACUAUUUCUCCUCAUUUACAAUUAAUCAGUUCCACAACCAUGACGCUGAAGUGUACGCUCCAUAACGCCUUGUCCAGGUUUACGUUUGUGGCUUUCCCACAGUCUAUCUGCAGGACUGUGUAGUAUAGAGCUAAGAUUCAUACUGCAUAUUACCUAACGUGAAACCACUAUAAUUAUGAUGGUUACACCACGUACUUAAACUCUUUCUACGCUUAUCCGCUGACCAAGAAAGCGAAAACCUAAUCCAAGAAGACACUCCCAAACAUGAAUGAUUAAUUAGACCUGAUGUUGGUUCAGAAAUAUAGACAUAUUUUGAUUUAGAUGUGGUACUUUGCUCAACUUACCCACUUGACAGACGCUUUCUCGAGCAGCAGAAGUCAAAACCGUAUAUUAUAACACAUUUGAUUUGCUCGGUGUUCUAUGUUAAUUACUCUCGUUACGAAUGGUUGAAAUUCAGCAUCACGGAUAAACUAAUUAGUAUAUCGAUGUAAAAUUUCCGAAGGUGAGUCAACAAAAUUAAAAUCACUAUAAAACCUUAUUAUUUUACUAAACCAAUUUUUUCACCACUUUUGAAAAGAAAAAGUCGGGAAGCUAAUGCUAUCUGUUUCGAUGACAUAUUUUUACAUAUAAUAUAAGGUACUUUUUCAUUUAUUACUUAAAGUAAGAAAAGAAAUCGGCCACUUUUUUUGAGAAACUUAUUAUACCAAUGUUUAUGUCGGUUGAUUAUCAGUACGAUUAGCAGUGACCUAAAACAUUCAGUCUGAGGCAAAGCAAUUGGUACAAUUGUACAAACCUACCACGGCUUGAAAAAUGCGGUUUAAGCCCGUGCUUUAUUUGUUCCUGCUCACCAAUUAUAACAAAAAAAAAACAUUUCUUUUCUACUGUUCGAUUAAAGCCAUUUCCUAGAAUUCUAAGCCCUUUGGACCCUAUCUUGUACCCAAGAACAAUUUUCUCGCGGGUUAUUUUAGUGCUUAAUUGAAUGUAAAUAAAACGAAUCGAGUAGUCUUUUUGAUGGGAAUGGGACACCUGUCUUGAUCACAAGAGAGAUUAUGAGAUAUUUCAAUUCUUCUUGGUGUAGAACUUUAUAAAGAGUCCAUGUUAGUACUGCACAAUAAUACGAUAUUUUGAUUUAAACAAAUAUAACAAUGAUAAACAUUUUUAGUAAACCGAAAGCUGUUGUUGAUAUUUAUCAUUUUGACUAGAAGGUUUUCUCUAACUUCCACUUGAAGAACACACUCGUCUACUUCAGUAAGUCCUUAAGCCGUGUUGAAUUACAGACUUCGCUAUCAUGGGAUAAAGUUGAAAGUAAAUUAUAAAAGCAUAUUAUAGCUGAACUGAGAGUAAUAAAAAUGUCAUAAACGCCAGAUUAUUAUCACAAAUUUUUUUUUCGUGAACAUUGUUUGAUACCAUAUAACACCCUGUCACUAAAUUUUGACCUUCAAUCCAAACAUAUGAUAUUAGUUUUCUACAAGAGUGCUUCGUUGCUGUUACCUCAGUAUUUUACAUAUCUAAGCCAUUUUUCAUGGACAUUAAAUGUACAAAGGAAAGCACAUUGAAUGGACCUCAGAAGAAGAGUUGAAUGAAGGAAUGAUUGUGAAUGAUUAUAGAUCAUUGUACGUGUCUUAAAAGCUGUGUUCGUUAAUAUGUUAUUUAAUAUGCUAAUUAUUUUCUUUUAAAAAAAUACAAACAGUGCGUUUGAAAUUACCCACAAAUAUUUUUUUCCGUAAACUCGUGAUUAAAUAAAAAUGUUUUUCAUCUUAAUUCUCCUUGCUUCUCCUUAUCACACUGUUUUUAAAAAUAUUUUUAAGUUAACCGAUCUCCAUGUUUCCAAUUACACACCCUACACCGUUACGAUUUCACGACGAACAAAAUUGUUUAUUCACCUAACAAAACAGUGAGUGUCGAGUUAUAUCAGGUGUCUACAUAAUUACCGAAUGUGAAUUUUAUUAGUGAACUUCAUUAUCACUUUCUUUGAAAGCCACUCCAUUGCAAAGAAGCUGUGGUUAUGCUUUUGCUUUGUAUUGUAGAUAGUUCGUUACAGUUUUGAUUCUAUCGUGAUGAAUAUAUUUCUUGUAAUAGUUUUAGCAACUUUCUUGAAUUCUGUUGGAGGCGUUGGUAAGUGUCUCGUUUAUUGCACUUUUAUAAUAGAUAUUAAAAGAAUAGCUAGCUAUAUUGAGAUAAUUCGAACACCAAAAUGUGUCAUCAAAGACUGCUAAAUGGUUUAAGUGCUGGACGUUUUGAAAAUGGCCAUGUUACCGAAGACAGAUUAAAAAGCGUAUGUUUCAAUUCCUACUUUUUUUGAUUACUCUGAAGCAGUUGAAAAUGAAAUUUAAAGCAAACACUUUAAAUUUUAAAAGGCAGUCUUGAGAAAUUUAUAUCCACGUGUUAGAAAAAAGUUUUCAGUUGUUAAUAUUUUAACACCAUUAAGCGUUGAAAUGGACGGUUUUCAGUGAAAAAAAAAUAGUCUAGAAAGACAACAAAAAAAAAAAUGCAAGUUUAUGAACUGUUGGCCAUAUGCAGACUAAACAAUGAACAGAAACAAAUGUUUCUCCGGAUUAUGUAGGCGUCUUAAUUCUUGAGAAGAUAAUUCCCAGAGGUGCUUUCAUUUUUAGCAUCAACUCUGUUAUUUCUUUUUCAUAAAUAAUAUGAUUAAGAUGAUACAAUUCAUGAAUAUGUUUUAUUACGCAAAAAGUAAAAUGAAAGAACUCGUCUGUCCCUUCAUUUACUUUUGCUCUACUUUAUACCCUUUCCCUCCCAUAGUGAAUGGUGGCUGGUCAGGUUGGUCAGCGUGGAGUGGCUGUGCGGCCGGCAUUUGCGCGGGAAACCAGCGCAUUCGAACAAGAACCUGCACGUAUCCCAUACCAAGUGACGGGGGAGCUUGGUGCACAGGAGAAAAUGCGCAGCAGUUAGAUUGUUUGAGUGAGUAUUCACUGCAACAUUGCUAUUUUUUUGAGUGAGAAAUAUCAAUAGAAAAAUUAAUUAACUCACUUCAAUAUUAGUUCCAACGAUAUUGUUUCAAAUUGUCGCUCCGAAAGUGUUGGAACCCCCUAAGAAAAGUGUCGGGUUUUCGGCAAGUAUUAGAGUAUUUGCUCAGCCUUUAACACCGCGAAAAAGCACUCAAGGAAGAAAUAAUGAAUAUUUCCAAGACGGCCCGAAAAUGUUUGUUACUUAAAAAUUUAGAUCUGUUUAAAGAAAGUUGUAAAGACAUUCUUAGAUUUCUCUUUCCCCGAUCAGAAAGGCAUUUUCUUUGCUUCUGCAGUAAACUUGUGUGAUCCCUAUUAUGACUAUAAGUUUCAAUCUUAUGAUAUAUGCCAAAAGCAGUCGAACCGACCUAAACUCCCUAAUGAACUCCCCAUUCAACUUAUUCAUCGGGAUUUUAUUUUUUCCUGUUUCUUUACGUUUGAGUUGAAUUCGAGAUUAUUUCUAACAUUAUAAGAAGCCUGUUAAUGAUCCUGCAUUUAUUGUUGAUCUUCCAUACCAGCCAGUGCUAUUGUACGUGUUUAAAAGGAAAGCCUUUUGGUCCGUUUUGAUUUACGUUAAUUAUUGGUAACAUUUCACAUUGUAGUUUACAUUGUUAAAUCUGACGAGUUGUCCUUUGACCAACGACGUCCACUCUUUUUUAAGUCUUUUAUUAAAGAAUUCUGAUUUCAUUUUAGUUGAUGGCGGCUACACAGAAUGGAGUCAGUGGUCACUCUGUGAAAACCCGUGUGGGGGAUCCAUAGUUAACAGAACCAGGAACUGCAGCAACCCUAUCCCCACUGCCGAUGGGAAGCCAUGUUCCGGAGAUUCAUUCCAAACGAAGUUGGAAUGUACCUUACCAUGCUCAAGUUAGUAAAAAAGUGUUUUGUUAUUUUUUAUUCAGUAAAACACUUGAAGCUGUUUCUUUUGGCGUAAAAUGAUAGCGAUAUUCAAUAUAAGUAUUCACCAAAUCAGUGGAUAGUGAUUUUCGUGCGUUCUGAUUGGCUUCAGUCCCGUAACUCGGAACAAGGAUAUUCAUUGUUUUGGGACGAGAUUCAAAAUGGCUGCUCGUUUCGCGACAGUUUCGAAAGAUGAAAUUUUAGCGGUAAAUGAAUCAGCUGUACCAACAAAUACCAAGAAAGAGACAAAAUUUUGCUUGUCAGUGUUUACUGGUCGGUAGAAAACAAUUUUCGUACUGUCUUUGCAACAGAAUCAUUAAAAAUGAUCCCCGAAACACUGUCAAUUGAAACGUGAACAAACUUUAACUAAAUAACGUCUUCAAUUUACAAAAGGUUCCUUUUUGAUUUUUAUCAGAAUGAUUUGGUAAAUGCUAAAGCACCUCUCCCCCCUCAGGGUCGUUUCAUAGAGCUCGAUAUUUACUUCGACGCUCCGCGUCUCGGUAUAUAUAUCCACAACUAUUCACUUUCCCUUUGGGGGAUAGUUGUAUAAUAUUUUUGCCGAAUCAAAACAAGUUUUUUCGUUAUAAUCUGUUUCAUUCGUUUUACUAUAAUUUCAUUUUGUAGUAAUGUCAUUUGUUUUCUUUGGGAGUCAACAGACAAUUCGGCUGGUAUGAUUAAUUUAUGGCAUUUUUUUUGAAAUCAUGUGAAAGCAAAUAUGAGCGAUCACCCUGACCAACCGCAGUGGACGCAGACAAUCCUUUGAACCAAUUGCUAUUCAAAUGCAAAAGAAGAAGCUUUCUGCCGGUUUCGCGAAAAUUUCCAGGCCAGGUUUAAUCCAGCAUUUUAAUUUUUUUUUCAACAUUUUACCAUCCUCAUUGCAAUAAGUUUACUCUGCGCACAUCCGAAAACAGUCGCCAAGACGAAUUUUUGUUUCAUAAUUCAAAUCGCCAUUUUAGUAAAACUUAAUUUAUGUAUAUUUUUUGCAGCUUUAAGAAAAUAUUGACCUUUGAAAUCCGCUUAUUUCUUUUGACCUCUAUGUCUUGCUGCAAAACAACGUUACUUAAUCCCCUUUUUCUAUGGUGGGACAUACAUGUAUGGCCGGGACUAGUCAUGCACAACACUAUUUAAGAAGGGCGUUUGCAAGGUGUUCGGUCUCACCCCAGGUUAGCUCUAGCCCAAGCGCCUUUUCUGCCACCCAGCGUUCCUUCUACGGGGUGGACUCCAUCUUGGCACAAUCUUGGGAAUCACCUGACUUUCCAUACAUGCCCCACCCUACCCAUUUGAGGCGGGGCCUCUAGAUCUCAAGGGUGAUUCUUAUGCUCCUUGUCAUGUGGUAUAGAUCUUCAUUCGACACUUUUUUGGGACAGAAGAUACGGCAGAUUAUGUUCAAAUUAUAUUCUUUGUUAAUAUUUUUUGGUUUUAGAUUAAAUCAAUGACAACGAUUUGAAAACACGAAAUUCCAUUUGUUUUCAUAUAACUGCAGCCCAUUAAAAACAAACAUGCUUAAAAUGAUCAGCGUCUUUUGUUUCUUUUUAGCUAUUCCUCUCGACGGUGAAUGGAGUCCUUGGACGCCAUGGACGCAGUGUUCUAAAACCUGUGGAAUAUUAGGAGGGGAAAUUCUAAAGAGAACGCGAUUGUGCAAUCAGCCUCCCGCUAUGAAUGGCGGGAAGCCCUGUCUUGGUAAUGAUACAGAGACGGCCAAGUCAUGCCUUACGCCUUGUCCAGGUGGAUAUAGUAAAAAAAUACAUUAGAAUGCUUAAGCAAUGAUAACAGCGACGGCAGAGAGAUUAAACUGGAUUCGAUUUGUUUCAAACUUCAUUGCGAACAUUGCUACAACCAGUUGCAAGAAUGUUGAGACACUCCCACGAAAAAACGACCUUUCUUGCUUCAAAUUGCUCCAGGUUACAGGUCUGUGAGAUAAAAUACUGACCUCCCUCCUCCCUCCCAUUCAAAGUUGUUCCUCCAAGUUUUGAGUAUAGUCUUGUAUUGCUAGCAACUUUGAUAAGGGAGGGGGAUCACAAGCACAAGAUCAUGGACAGGGCAUUUAUGCCAAAAUACGGUACAGUGUCUCAAGUACUUUUGCAACUGGUUGUAGAACAUAUAAAUCUGUCAAGUACAGUGAAACCUCGCCUUACGGCCUGGCAAAAACCGCCGUACAUUUUCUUUUAAAAAAUAACCCCUCGUUAAUACGGCCACCCCAUUGAUACGACCAAAUUUUUUUGGGAUAUUGGUGACUGUAUUAACGGGGUUCCACUCUAUCGGCAAAUUUUCCGGUGUUGAGUUUCCAUCGGCCACGCUCAAGUUCAGAAUAAGACAGAAAAAUUCGUUGUAUUGCCCGAGAAAGUUGUACGUUAUGGCCGUCCUGCAGUGUGUCCAACGGCAAAGAAAAGUCCUAAAUUAAGUCGAACUGCAGGGUUGUUUCCUUUUUGCCCUUGCUCUUUUUGAUCUCCUCUGAGCGGUCGCUGCCUUGGGUUGUUAAAGAUACCUCCAUCAAUCGAUUGAUAGAUCAACCAAUCAAUUUAAUUUGUCUAUCAAUCAAUCAGCUAAUUACUUCAUCGUUAUGUGAAUAACAGUGUUUAGCACUAGUUGGUAACGAUUUCGUCCUACCUAUUCAUCAAACUAUAUAUCAAAGCGAAUAAAAGGGAAUUUCCCCAAUUAACGGAUUUGACCGAAACGCUAGCGGUGUUGCUUGUAGAAGUAGGUCCUGCCUCAAUGAGAACCUUCCAUAGGAGGAUUUGGUCCAAUUUACACAUGGAGCACCCAAGAGAAGUCCUAUAUACAGUAAAAACCCACGAGUAAGAACCUAGUAGUUUGAGAACCUGCUGGCAGAAAUUUGCUAUUUUAAUACUCAAAAUGUAAAACCUGUAAAAUCCAAGGCAAGCAAGAUCAAGCAGACACUUAUAUGUGGGUCACAGUUUAGACGAUGAUAAACACCAUUACAAAUCACAAUUACAACAUUUUAACCAAGUUUGAUUUUGAGAUUUUUUAAUAGAACAAAAUACUUUAUUAAUCCAUUUGCUUUUUAUCAUACAACUUAUGCUAUGGAGAUAAUGCUAGAUAUAUUACAUACAUUCUGUAAUAGCUUAUCGUGAUAUUUAAGAACCAAACCCAAUUUUUUCUGGUAGUCAACGACAAUUAGCUCCUUCAUCGAAAUAAGAAACAUAUUUAAGAACCCACCUAGCCUAAAUUGCGAAUAACUACCUCAAAAUACAUGAAACGUUUUUGACAGAAUUAAGAAAUUGUUGUUACACGUGGGCUUUUACUGUAUUCACAAUUUCGAAUGCAAUUGUUGUUCUUAGUUGAUGGUGGUUUCAACCUGUGGUCUACAUGGACAACAUGUAGUCAGACUUGUGGGACUGGUACCCACACAAGGAACAGAACCUGCGACAACCCAGUGCCAAACUACCAUGGCAAAAACUGCACUGGAGACUUCAGUGAGGUAGCAAGCUGUAAAAUAACGUCUUGUCCUGGUGAGUAGACCUUAUAAACUGACAAUUCCUUUAUAUAUUCCUUAAAUUCCUACGAACUGUAGAGUUAUCCCGAUGAGUAUAACUAUGGCAAUAACCUCCCUACCGGUCUUUGACUUUUGAAUUAAUCAUUCAAGAAUCGCACGGUCUAGUAUUGUUUCGUAAUUUUGUAAAUUUUGUAUCCAAAAAAAAUUCAAGCAGAUUUUUGGGUGUUGCUCACAGGCAAAAUAUGCCAGUUUCAAUUUGAUUAAGGUGGCUCGAUACAGUUUUUCAGGGCCAAUACCUCCCAAGUUUGAGCAUAAACUACGUCGCCGUAAACAAAGUUUUGGAAAAAUUGCCACCACAGUUGUAUUAGAUGAAGAUGAAAAUUUGUUAUGAUCAGGGUUGCAACGGCAUCAGAGUUGUCAUAGCAACGAAAUGACGCUAUUACCUAUUUUACUUGCAGCAGUAUAUUUCGGCACUGGGAACUGUUCUUCGAAAAUCAUUCACGGGAGCUUUUUCCUCCAAUAGCAGCCUCGAUGUUCAUGAGGUUUCUAAACCGCUCGGUAGAUUGUUUUAAAAAAUUAAGAUUCUUGAGGUUAACCUUUCUUUUACAUGACCUUUUAGUUUCAAGAUUAUUGAUAUAUUGUAAGGCAGUAAUAUAAGGGCUACAAUUCGCUAAUAUUUUGGCAGAAAUUUUGUGUUUACAAGUGAGAGCCUCUUAUAAUUCAGGGUAUUGUGUCCAAGUUUCAUAUUUUCGUGCAUAACAAAAGCUAGCAUUUUUGCAUAUUUCAAAUGCAUUGUUAGUUACUGUUGUUCACGUGAAAAUGAAACUUGGAGACAAUGCCUUGAAUAAUUAGAGGCUUUCACUUGUAAUGAGGAAUCUUCCGAUAAAAAAGUAACGAAUUGUAGCCCUUAUUUUGCUGCCUUAAAAGAUAUCAAUAAUCUUGAAACUAAAAGGUCAUAUAAAAGGAAGGUUAAUCUCAAGAAUCUUAAAUUUUUAAAAAAAUCUAUCGAGCGGUUUAAAAAUUAUUCGCUAAUUUGUUAAAGAAGACCAAAAUGUUUACAAAACCGCUAACAAGAGCGCUUCGAUACAUACUAAUCAAACCCUUCUUUCUAGCAAUCGGCUGGAGCUAUCUCCCAUGAUCUUUCACACACGCUUUUAAAAAGAUUGAAACUACUAUGAGGUGAAAUUACGUGUCAAAAGCGCUUCAUUUUCUACAGAUAACGGCCAAACAACAAUAUUGUCCAUUUUUACUGUGUUUCUAACAAUAAAAACAUUAUCGCAAAAUAUCUCGAUAACGCUCUUACAGAUUUCGCUUAAACUUCACGACCACCGAGGCUGCUAUUGGAGGAAAAAGCUUCUGUGAAUGGUUUUGGUAGAACAGUUCCCAGUGCCGAGAUAUACUUCUGCAAGUAAAAUAGGUAAUAGCGUCAUUUGGUGGCAAUUUUUCCAAAACUUUGUUUUUGGCGACGUAGUUUAUGCUCAAACUUGAGAGGUAUUGACCUUGAAAAACUGUAUCGAGCCACCUUAAUUCUCUCAACAAAAAGUGAAUCAAAACGGAAACGCAGUGACUUCAACCAAUGGUGACUGCCUUUCCUUUACAAGAUCUUUUGCAUCGCUGGUUAAUGCACCUGACCUCCUAUAUGAGCACGAAGCUGAAUGUCCUCAAGGAAAAUGUAUAGUGUAUGAGUAGCGUUCACUAAAGAGUUGUAACCGAUCACCAAAAUGUACUCAGUUCUACGGCACAUGUCUCAAUUCUGUAAUAGGUCUCUUCCUACGAUUUGAUUACCCUUAAUUAAAACCAUUUUCAAGAACUUACGACUCCGCUCACAGAGUUGCCGAUAAAUGCAAAUUCGAGUGUAAUACAACGGUUAACCGCACAAAAACUUGAAAUUCUUGAAUAGAAAGUCACAGAGUUCCAAUAAAAAGGUAAAGUUUAAAUAAAAGCAUACAAAACAAGAGAAGGAAUGAAAACAAGAACACAGUCGACCGAUAGAUGCGGCUUGGAUUAUUUUAUAUAUUUAUCUAUUCUAUUUGUGUAGUCUUAGCAAAAUAACGCGGUUAUUUCAUAACACAAGGUACAUAAUGAAACUUAAUAGUAAGACCAAUAAACGCUUUGUGAAUUUGUCAGUAGUAUGUUACGCACCGGUUACUCCUUUUUUGCGGGGGAAUCUCAUUAACUUGCGGGGGAAUACAUUAACGCCGAUGACGUCGUAGCCUUUUGUCUUUAUCUCAUGAAUAAAAGGCGGAGGAAUCUCAUUAUCUCACACCUUUUGUAUUCUUAAUACAACAGAAUCAAUAAAGUCACGUAGCCUUGACCGGUUUAAACCGGUUUUUUAUGCUUUAAUUUUAUUUAACCGGUUUUAGUUAUUUUUAGAUAGAUGAUGUCAUAGUCUAUUUUUAAUUAUUUCCGUCAUGCCCUCAUAUGGGUAUGAAGCCACCCGUUACUUAGAAUCACUUGAUCUUAACGUAAUUGUGCACGUUCUAUUUCCUGCUGCUUUCAAUUUUUAAAGUUCCGGUUCCCUGAAUCGUGCAUAAAUAACGUCGCAGAGGCAAACUCUCUCUUUCUACCACCAAAGUAAUUUUUUUCAUUUUCCCUCCUCCCUUUUUGCAUCUCUACAUUUAUAUUGUUUCCACUCUUUCACCACCACCUUCGCCACACACGCCGCCACCGCCACCACCACCACAUAAUACAGAAUACCGUCCCCGCGCAAAACUAAUUUACUGUUAUUUUUGAGGUGCAAUCGAUGGAGGCUUUACAAUGUGGUCUUCCUGGAGCACAUGCUCAGAGCCAACAUACUGUUUGCAAGGUGUUUCCAAACGAACCCGUACUUGCACUAAUCCCCCUCCAGCUAAUAGCGGAGAUGACUGUGUGGGAUUGUCAGCAGAGAGUAAAGAUUGCCCCACCCAAGCAGAUGGAUGCACAAGUAAGACGUUAAUGGUCAACAAACCAGGGGAAAAGGGGGCUAGAGCGUGUGCCCUCACCUACUCUCCACAUCGUUUUUCUUACGUUUUGACAUAAUGACUGAUACUUUAAACUCCUUGAAAGUCUGUCUCGACAUUGUCUCAGUUUUCUUGUUCAUUCAAAGUCGAAAUGGUGAAGUCGUUUUACCCGUUCUCUAAACUCGUUCAUGCCUUGCAGUCAAUACUACUUUUCCCUUUUUUGUAAUAAACUCAGCUUGAUUUCUUGAAACAGAAUGCUCUUGUUUUCAUCUUACUGCCUCUUGAUGGUUAUUUUAUAGUUAUAUUGUACAUGGAAGAAGCUGAUGUUUAUUUAUUAUCGCAUUAUUCGAUUUAGCUUAUGAGCCACCUAAGCCAGACAAAAUAACAGCUGACCCUAAUUCCUGGAUAGCUUUGGAGUGCGAUGCAACCGAGAAGUUCUCAGCCACAGGAGCAAACAAACAGGAUGUUCCGUAUGCUGUGUAUACAAAUUUCAAUUUCAUGAAGACGGAGUUGGAGAGUGGAUGGUUUGCGAUCAAAAUUGAGCCGGAUGAUAAAGAUGAUUAUGGAAAGAAGAAUCUCACUAAGGUUUGCUAAUGACAUGGACGAUUUUAAAAAUGAACGAUAACCGAACCAAUUUCGAUUGGAUUGUUGAGCUGAUUUGAGCUUAUCUCUGCGCUGCGGGCUCUUUCAAAAUUGCUUACCAGUUAAGUCAAACCGUUAAGAUCGAAAAAUAAUAAUGAUAAUUAAAAAAUCACAUACGAUUGUCAUGAAUGUAGUGUCCUGUUGUCCUGCAAAGUUUUAAGCUCAAACGUAUAAACACUGUAAAACGUAAUUUGGAAGAGACCUCUUCUUGCUUGCAGCAGACCAGGGGUGAAUAACGUCCCUUCACUUAACUGUGCUUUAUUCAUUUUUUUUUCUUGUUCAGGUGUGUUUUGAAAUUGUCAGCCCGUUAACUAUUAAAAAGGUUGUGGAUAACAAGGCAACGUACUAUGCAAGGAUUGAUGUACUACCUAGUUGGACACGCCCCGAACAAACAGAAAAUGUCCCUGCUAUCUCUAUCUGGAUUGAUGAAACACAGCUUCUAAGAAAAUAUGAGUUCCAGUGCUCUAAGUCUGAUAAAUAUUCCCCGCAAGCUGGAUUUGAAAUAACCGAUGUUAGGUCAGUACAUACAUAUUUAUACAUACUUGUAUUCUGGGUAGAAUGUAUUUCGCAGAGCGCUCAGUUCAUUUAAUUGAAGAGCAUUGACUAUAGUAUUAAUAAUCACAGGAGUUCAGUCUUCCGGAGUAAUCAUUGAUCGUUUAUUGCGACAUUGCUGUUUCGUAUGGUCCGAAAUUGUAGGACCACACUCAUCAGGCAAUAAUCUUUCCCGAAGAGGCCUUUUAAAAAUCAUAAUAAGGCUAUUAACUAAGGUAGAAAAUUAAAUUAAAGAACAAAUAUUCUAUUGUCCUCUUUCGUUUACCUCUCGCUAUUUUGCAUUAUUUUGUUAGCAUCUGUUUCACGAUUCAAGUAAAAUCACUCCAUAAAAACUACUUAACUAAAGAAUGUGAUGCUAUAAGUGCAAACCUAUUGCUUUUUUAGCCGUUCUCGUUGCUGUCGUCGACGUUAUUUUGUAACCAGAAAAACUGCCCAUUUGUGCAGUAAACAAGACUUCUUAAGCCCGGUUUCCAUAUGAUCGCUACGUUCGCCGUGAUCGCUGCGAUCGCUGAGAAAAAAGAGUUCAGCGAUCGCAGCGAUGAUAGCGAUAAUAUGGAAACCACUUUCCAGUGAGAAGUAGCUAUCAACGAUUGCUGAGAUAGAACUUUUUCUUUUUUUUUUUUGCGAUCGCCGUUUUCUCAGCAAUUGUAGCGAUCAUAUGGAAACCUGACUUAACAGUCUGAGUUUUUUUCUGAUAUCAGUUGCUACGUUUUUUUGUGAAAUACUCUAAAUUAGGUUAGUGAACUGGUUUGGAUAUUUCUUUACUUUAUACACUUGAUAACACUCCCCACUGACCAGUCAACUCAAAUGUAAGUAAUCAGUUCUUUUUUUGAUUUCCUGAUUUAGGUUCUCCUAUUACACAGAGGGAAGUACUCAAAAAUUUUCAGCAAAAGGGAACUAUACGCUCAAAACAGGAAAUGUAUUCGCUACAGAAGUGUGGAAAGAUGUAGCAACUGGAUCGGUGUACGCCAAGGGCACGGCUGCCUCUGCUACGUUUGGAGAUAUGUUAACCACGUUUGGCUUAAAUCCUUCAAGUUUACCAGAUUUUUUUGUCAAUGCCCUGAAGUAAGUUGCCGUUGGUUUUGGUUCGUUAAUUUACUCGCUCUUGAAGGUCAUACUUAAGGGGUAAUGUUACACUAAGAGCACUUUGCACCUACUAGGUAGGUGUUAUUUGAAGUAGGUUUACUCUUCCCGUGCGGAGUGCAAACACGGUAGCAGCGGAGCAUGGUCACAAAAAUAAUUUAACUUUGUUAUCCGGGUGAAGACGGACGGGAAAUGCCAAAAAAAAUGAUUGCCCUAAACUUUCUGUAUUCAGGUAGUUGUUCAGAGUUGUUUAAAAAACCAAUGUCACACCGCAGUAAGUUUUGUUAUUCUUUGUGAGUCAUAAUUGACAAUAAUAUAUGGAUCGGGAAUAAAGAUUUUUUCCCAUAAUCCCUUUUGCCCUGACAUUUUAGUGGAUCGCAAAUUGGAAUGACUUAGUCAACUACUGCUCAAAGUUAUGAUGCUUCAUGUGACUUAAACGCGGUGAAAUAUUUUUUGCGUCGACCGCUUUGUGAUCACGUCAUUAGUUAGCUGGCUCUAAGAAACAUGUGAUUAAUCAUCAUGAUGAUAAUGAUAACAUUUUCGCUCGCGCAUUUCCUAACCCAGAGAAGAUUAUCCGUUUUAGUUCGGACUAUGGCGGACUUGAUUAAUACCAUUUUAGAGAAAAUCUAAGCCAAUGUUUUCUUUACUUGGACAGGGGAAUUGGUGUGUGGGAUUUCAAUAUGGCGCCUGCUGAGUUUGCAAGGAAAUUAGUACAAUUCGGCCUUUACCGCUUUACUGGAACGAUUGAUGUUGGCGGUGUUCCGAUUCAUGCUGAAAUUUUGGCGGGAUAUAAAUUUGGAAGACCGCAGUUUGCGAUUGGUUUUUCCUUUGAUAAAGAAUCGUACGGCAAAUUGGCAGAGAAGCUGUCUGGAAUAAAGGUUGAUUUCUUGAAUUCCCUUGGAAUAGACCUGGAGGUAUUAGCUUUAAUUAUGCUUUGCGUUUGUAAGUGUCCCAGUAAUCGAUUUGUUUAACCCUCUUACAAUCUAAGUUUAGAACAGAAGGUUACGAAACCCAGCUUGCAGGAGGCAAGCCAGUAGACUUACAAGCCAUAACUCAAGCCAAGCGUAACUCGGCCUAAUGUUCAUGGCGGGACUUAUCUGAUUCUUCUUUGAGAUGUUUCGUUUCAUAACCAGCAAACAGGAUGUAUUCGGCAUUGCUGACCCUAGAAAUUUGCAGUUCGCGUUUCACAAGCGUAAGUAGUGAUUGAAGUUGCUCGAUCAUCAAGAGCCCUUUCGUAGCUCAGUUUUUAGUGUGCCCACUGAUAGAGACAUUUAAAAGGAUGGCAUGGACAUUUUAUUUAAUCUUUCUGCAAUGGCGACAUGACGUGUAUUUCGUCUUUCAUCUUUUAAAUGGUGCACGGUGAUUACUGAGUUAUUCGGAUACUUUUGUAUUGUUAACGAGGCUUUGACUGGGUAGCGGAAAUUUCCAAUUCACUAAGGGAUAUAAAUUUUUGUGUUAAUGAGAAAAGUCGCAUUUAAGAAAUAUUGACCGAAAAAGAUAUUUUCAACGUGUUGACAUCUGCUAAAUAACUGCAAUGUUAUGUUUUAAUACAGAUAUCCUUCUGUUAAUAUGACACUAAAAUAAGAGUACCUCAGGGGUAAUAAUUAUUCUACUACUUAAAGUCCAACUUCGAUAAUGACGAAUCUUUAUUUUACGACGUCCUUGGUACAAAGAACUUUAUUCUUCCUGCGAGUAAUAGUGAAAUAUGUGGAAAAGAGCUUCGAUAUUACGAAACCUUUUUACGAAGAUACUUUGUCAGUCCUUUGGCCCUUGGUUAUAUCGAGGUUCCGCUGUAGUUCGUUAGAAUUUUACCUGUUAAAAUUUUCAAUUACCUGUUAUAGGUUGGUGUAAGCUUUAGUGUUCCAGAUUCACUAGGAUUUCAGCAGGUUCUUGUUGAUAGUACCACCACGUUUUCUAAAGAACCGCUCAAAAGUUUUCAUACCGUCUCUGUCCCAGGAGGUAAGAAGAAUGUAAGGUAAAGAUAAAGUGGAAGUAGAGUGAUGAGGAUAGACUAAGUUGCGCGCACCUUUCGCGCCAGUUAAAGCUGCCAUUUACUACUUUUAGCAAUGAACUUAAAGACUAAAACUUAAAGAAAAAUUGGCCUGAAAAGCGCGCGUAAAUACUGAGUGAGUAUAUUGGGAAGUGCUCAUGCCCCCUGGGCAUCCCAUAAUACUCCUUAAAUCUAAGUAAUUCAAUAUGGCCGCCGUAUCGGUAAAAAGGUCUAUUGAAUAACAUCUUAAAAGACGGUUUAUACUGUACUUUGCAUUGGCUGUUUCAGUGUCGCUUCUCACGUUUAUAGUCAGACUGAUGGUCAAUUUAUUUUCUUUCGUUUGCUAACUAUCCAUUUUUGCAUUUAAGGUAUUUUCGUCGCGGCCCAAAUUACCCUACCGAAGGACUGUUCAAAUAACAAAUUCUGUGAAAUUUGCAAGAUGAUUCUGGGACCAACCAUCAAGUGGUAUAUUAGUGGACAAUUUGAAUGGAAAAAGGUCAAAGUCACGACCGGGUUUCGUAAUAUUAAACUCUGGGAUGGACUGGCAUUUGAUAGGCUUGAGUUGUACGUCGAGGUGAGCUUUUGUACUUUCUCACUUUGCUAGUUGAAAAAGGCAAAGACAUACCACCAUCAUGGAUCGUUUUUAGCAGUUUAAGUAUAAAGAUAUCUUCAGCUGUUUACUAACUAAAUAAAAAUAAAGACAGCUUCUCAGUCUAGAAUUGUGUCCAAACCAUAAUCUCUCUGUUGUGUAACUGUUAGGCGGAAUUCAACGCUACCCACACACAUGUCAAACUGGGCUUCCGCGCGGAUAUAAAAAUACCUGUGAACGGCGAAGUCGAACGGGACGGCAUCAUAGCUCCUGGAAAUGAUCUGUUUCUCUUUGGGGUGUUGGAGUACGACUUUACAGAACAGAAAGUUUCCGGAAAGCUUGGCAUGCGCGGAAUGUGGCGAAAAGCCUAUUGGAUCCCUUGGUUAUCAUUAGGAAACAUCUUUCUUGGGUAAGAAGUUGUUGAAUGAGGCUGCAACAGUUUUGAACGUAAGGGCAUACGUUAUCCUCCUCCUCGUCUUCGUCAUUAUAAUCGUUUGCGUAUACAACUUAUGCCUGAGAAACGAUGAUAUCUUCAUAAUAUAACCGUGUUUAGUAUAUACACACUCAGUGAUCUUGGUGAUUUAAGCAAUCUGAUUGGUUCGCUAUCUCGGACUAUUUAACAAUAUUCACCUCCUAGCGAGUGAAUUAUGUGUGAGCUCAGGGUUUUUCCCAUUUUUUUAGAGAACGAUCUUUUAAAAGUCGACAAAAUCCUAGGGCUGACUUUUUUUAAGGCAAGAAAAGACUUGGAAGGAUUCAAUACGGCGUUUUUCAAUUUACUGUAGCUGAGUUUUGUGCUAGAUGGAUUGUUUACAACUCCCGUGUAUUCGCGUAGAAGAAGCCGUUUCGUGAACUCAGCGUUUUCUAACAAGAAAAUUUUGGCUCAAAAAUCGAAGUUUAUUUAUGACAAACAAAUUUAAAAGGAAAUGUUUGCAGAAAUUCUACGUUUCAAGUAAACAGGAAAGAAAAUGAUACAGGAAGACGACUUCUUACCUCGAGCAACCGAGCCGCCAUUUUUGUCAGCACCUCGUGCGAAGAACGACACAACAAACCCUUUUGGCUAUAAACUUGGCGAGUCAACAGAAAACAACAAAGCUCUACUUUUCUUCUCGGGUAAGGAAACAAUUCAAACUUUUAGCAGUUCCAUUUAAGCCAUUACGCUGUUGUUUGCGAAAUGAUAAACUUGUGAAUUGCCAUGUUUGAAAAUUCUGCAAAGAUCUAUUUUUAAACUUACGCGUGAUUUUUCUGUCAAUCAAACCGUACUUUUUAAUGGUUUCCUCUCUGAUUUUGUUGAGAUCACUUCGUGUGUUUAUACUAAAACAAUUAUUCUUUUCAAUCUCGGUGAAUAGUGGCUUUGAGAAUAUUUAGCCACUAUUCACCUCGAUUUCAAAGAAUAAUUGUUAAUGAAUGAAUUUUAUCACUAACUGGUAUUCAGCCAGUAAGUAGUUACAAUAACGGUAUUUACAAUGAGAUCAAACAAGAUAAAACAGUAGUUACAACAAGAACGCUUAUUCUUAACUAAGUAAGAGCAAAAAUUACAUACAUGUUAUUACUAAUUAAUCCUUCAGUGACAACUUAAAAGAUGGUGCAAGCAAUACUUUCUUAAAAACAUGGGGUGAACUACACUAAAACUUAUAUUUGAGAUGCCGGAGACAGCUCUUUAUUCACUUUAAGGUGAAACUAAGCUACUCAAGGGAGAAGUGGAUUGCCAAGAGAAUGGGUCGUUGACCUCUUGUCUUGGAAAACUACGGGAGAAUUCUUUUAUUUAUUCCACUCUCGUUAAAUUAGUUUCAAGAAUUUCCAAGCCCAUCUCUUUGCCAUACAGACCAAAGUAGUUUAAGAACCCAAAGAAAACGUUGUUGUCAGUAAUUUGACGAUGGAUGUGUUGUGGUUCAAUUUUAUCUUUAGUUUGAAUUUUCUUUCUGAGUGUGGGAAUGUAUGUUAGUGAAUUUGAAACAAAGGUAAAUAACAAUUUGACCGAAGAUCAAAUCUACCUUUGCUGCAUUCCUGUGAAACUUAGGCAUCAACUCGAGGCUUGGAUGGACAAUUUACAGUGAGCUGCAUGAAUUUGUCCACCCGGGCCUCGACCUCAUUUCUUUAUGUUUGCUCGCUGCAGGGGAAUGCGCAUGCGGGAAAGGUCUUUUGAGCCACAACAAUUACGUAAAGAUCAUCGCAUUUAAGCCUAAUGAUUAUAAGGAAAUAAAUUUUCCUGCAAAACCUUUUCACCGAAACGUACUUUUUGAAGUUAUAUUUCUUUCCGCAUUUAUUUAUUAGAUGUCCAAUGCAGACAAGUAUAUUUAUACAUGUAUAGCGAUCUUUAUUUUAACUCUGGACGUGUUAAGUAUAACGUCUUUAUGUGUUUAACAUGCUUGGCAAUUAUAACAAUCAAGCAUUUGUUAAAUUGAAUGGGCUUAACGUCGUCCGCAUACAGAAUGUGAUCACUACUGGCUCGAUUUCCAACCGCCGCUAUUUCACUGAUCAUGAUGUAAUGGCUUUAAUUGACAGGUUGACUUACAAAGUUGGAGCGCCUAUACCCAUAACUGGUGUGCAAUUUGGAAUGAGAGUCGAAUUUGGAUACGACUGUCUUAUAGCAGCAGAUUUCAAUAACGACGUGAGUUACCAUGCACGAUUUGCAAAGUAAAGCCAUUUUACGUUAAUUUACAGCCUUAUACUGAACCGUAGUAUGCUGCGUUUAGUUUCAAUAUACCUACAACUGAAUGUGAGCAGUCUUCACAGUAGACAAGUCCACAAGACCGACGGUUUAUCCCUUGUCAUGCAGACAAAGAUGCUUUAAUUUUGCAAUAACUGGAAGAUGUUGAAAAGACACUGAACUCUUAAAAAACAUCUCAAUUUUUUCAUGCUGACGCAAGUCUAAGAAGAUAUCUUAUAAUAAGCUUUAUAGGGAUCUUCGUAGAAUGCUUGUCAAAAACUCCGUGUGAUAUGUAUGCCAUGUGAAAACCAGCGAUUAAAAAGUCUGUUUCCUUAAAAUGCGAUUAGAAUAAAGUAGUUGAGCAAGCACUCUUACAAAAAUAUUAAUUCAUUUUACAAUAUCAAGUGAUAAAUAAAAUGUAUAUUAUUUCCAGGGCCAUUGUUUCGGUGGUGAAGGAUACUUUGGUGUCGGAGAUCCAGAGUUCUUUUAUGCUAGUAUAACAGCUCUCACAUUUGGGAAGAUCUUCAGAUUGCUGGGAGCAACUUUUGAGCUUCCACCUCCAAUAGCAGCUACCGGCUUUCCACAAGGGGCGACUGUAAGCUAGAUAUUAGAGACCUUUGGAUUCCAGGACGAGGACGAUUACGAGAACUAGAUUUAAAUUUGACCUCCGGUUUCUUUUUGCAUAUUCUGAGAAAACAGAAAUAUUGGAAAGAUUCCUUUUCCUUUUUUUCACCACCGCAAACGUUAACACGGUUUUUAUUAUCACUGAAAGUAAAGCCCUCUCCCGAUCGCAAAAUGAUAAAUCUUCUAACAUUUAAUAACUUUUUUUUCGUCGUUUAUUCGACAUUUGUCCUAGAACCCGUGGUCGAGGGACGGCGGCUAUCGUGUUUUCCCGCCAAAAUGAUGCUGGUUGGUUCUCGCACAACUUAUAUCAUUGGGGAAAUCUCGCGUUUUCGCAGUCGUCCUCAUAUUAGAAUGUGAUGAUCUUUAGAAGUACUCUUCUUCUUGCUUUGAAUCUGAGUGGGGCCAAAUUACACCUUCUGACUGUGACAUAAAGCCAUUUCAUUUAAAUUUGUUUAAUUUGUUGUCUUCCGAAUUAUAUCUGAACUGUAUUAAGCUUUAAUGUUAUUUUUUAACAUCACGAAAUCGGAGAUGGUGUAUCCAAGAAAGUGGCUGUUUAAUUUUAGGAGUUAAAAGGCUAAAACAGUCCUCUACUUGGCCUUUAAAGUAACUUGUGUUAUACUGAUAAAUAGCAAUUUUCGGACGAAUUUUUCUGUUAGGUUGCGAAAUCUUCGGCUGACGUUGAUCUCCGAAUAGCAGGUGGCCCGUUUAUCUACGAAGGUUUCUAUAUGAAAGGAGAGGUUAACAUUCUGGGAUGGGGAAUUUUUGCAGAAAUCAGGUUAUCACAAACGGUAAGUACGCAACAAUACUCGAGUUUUAUGAAAUGCAUUCCCACAAUCACCGCUUAGUCAGCUUAGUUGGAUGCGCGCCGGUCUCGCUGUCGAACAGAAAGGGACGGGCUCAACUGAACCCAGGGCGGACCCCUAACCAGAGUCUUAAAAAAAAUUUUAGUGAUAGCCACGAUUCAUGCGUUUGUCUCAUUUCAGAUGAUCGCGUCAUUGGGCUUUGUCAUGAAGCUGUUGGCUUUGUCUCCUUCAUCCUUCCUUGUCAAUUCGAAGGGAACUUAGAAGAACCCUCUUGUUUGUUCGAAACGUGUAGGGGAUGUAGACCUCGGUGUUGUCGUCUAUCCGUUUUAUCUCCAAGCAAUACUUAAAUUGGAGCCAAACUCUGAUGUUUAUAUUGCCUUACAACGCCUAUGAAAUUUUUAAAGAAACUCUUAAUGUACAUUUGAUCAUGUAUUAUGUGUACCAAAGUUCAAUACGUACCAAAUGAAACAUCGUAUUUGCCCCUUACCAAUGAGUAGUAGCUACGGGACUCGCCUUUCUUUGUUCUUUUCCAAGCUAUAAAUUUACAAACCUUUAUUGUUAUUUAUCACUCUGGGCCGGUGCUGUAGCUGCUUCGGGCGGUAUUCAGAACGCGUGUCCUCUAAAAACACGGUUGGGUGUUGUAGCUGAUUCUAGCAGUUUUCAGGACGGUUAUACAUUUUUGCAGCUCUCCAUGACUAAUUCCUAGACAUCCGACUUGAGCGAGGGAAUGCUAGGCUUAAGCAACUGACGACGACGGCGAUGGCAACGAGAACGGCAAAGUAGUAGGUUUAGACAAGCAAAAGAACAACUUUGUACGUGCAUCACGCUUUUUUUUACGCUGCUUUGCCGUCAUUGUACGACUAUGACGUGAAACUUCCUAAUUUCACGUUUUGUUGAAGACGUAAACACAAGACAACGAUAUUCUUUUUCCCCUAGUUUUUAUGAACUUAGAUACAAUCAUUUAGAAUCAACUUCUAAAAAAUCGCCAAACUUUGACAAAUUAAAAGAGUUGGAAUUACAGCGAUGAAGUUUAGAACAGCGCGAAUCCUUUUAUUUUGGGGGUGGGUGACGUUUUAGCUAUCGUUGCCUUCGCCGUUGCUUAAGCUUCCCAUGUCGUAGGCGUUCAAACUCCCUUCUCAGACAAAGAUCUCUCCCCCAGUCACAUUGUAAGGGUAAUUAAAACUUUUUCUUUUUUUCCUUUUAAGAUAAUUUUUGUGGACUUAAAGCCUGACCCAGUGGACAUUUUAGGUAUUGCUAAAAUUACCCGAAGCCCUAGCGACUCUUCACUGGGACCAUGGUUCUAUGUCAAUGCCAGGCGGGAUUUGUUUUACGUUGAGGUGAGUUGACAUAAACGUUUACAGGUCGUUUAAUUGAUGAACCAUGAAAUUUACGGGUUUUUUUUGCGUUCAUUGGUACAAAUCCAAACAAAUCCUCCAAACUCCUUUUAGUUUAGUUAGUUAUCAAUCUUGCCCUAGGUUUAAAUAUUAUUUUCUUUUUUUUCAACGAAAAAAUCGAAGCACAACCCGUUCAUACUUUAUUGGGCAAGACAUGAUAUGCAUACAUAAUCAAAAGUGGGGAGUAAAGGUAUUAUAAUACCUUUAAAUGACGAACGUGUUUAACACUUCUAAAGAAACGAAGGUGGAAACAGGAAAAAAUGUGAGCAUUCAACUCGUUAUGAUUCGGUCCAUCGGACUAGCACCCAUGCUAGUUUGCUUUUGUUUUGUUUUUGUUCUUUUUUUAACAAUGAACUAAGACUUAUCACUUCCACUUUCACAAUUUGCCCUUAACACUGGAGAUUCGGUGCUUUGAAAUAAUCUCCUGGUUAAUUUUAGUGGUUUAAAAACGAUUAGCAAUACUACCCUGGGUAAACCUUUUAAGAACUGUCCAAUCUCGUCAGCUCGAGGAACCAAAAAAAAACAAGGAAAGACAGAACAGAAAAACGGAGAGAAAGGCGCUCGUUCAUAUGCGUAUGCCUGAUGUAGUAAGCUUGUUAAGAAGUUUCAAUAUUAAAGUCACCAAAUUAACAAUUUAAGCAAAUUGUAAACAGGCCAGGGGCAGAAGAUAUUCGGUUAAAAGGGUUCCUAUUUUGUUUGCUAAUCACCGUUUUUUUUCAAUCAGGCGUACUUUGAGGGGUAUACGGAGCUGCUUGGAAUCUCAACCUAUUGCCGUUUGAACUUGACAAUGUCCAGAAUGGAGCUGCUGCUUCAAGGAAACUUCCUUGGGAUUAUAAAAGCUGAGGUGUUCCUCACGGCUUCUUACAGUUUAACCUUCGCUUCUUCCCAGUUCUAUGUGAAGGUUACCGUGGACUUGUCUGGAAUAAAUGACGUAAGAAAAAAGCUCUUUCCUCCUUAACUUAGGUGUCAUGGCUUGAGAAGGUUUAUAGGAAAAAACGGUACUGAAGCCGUGAUACGCAUCACUCGUGUACGCCUGUGAACCUUUAAAUUUAUUUAUUCUGCUGCUUUGGGAAUAUGCUUUUAACCAAUCAGAAGCACUUCCCAUAUCUGGUUAGUAACUCGUUAUUAGUAUAUAUGGACUUUCUGCGCUCGUUGAUCGGGCGUCAUUUCGCUGGGAAACUGCGAUCAGGCGUUCUCAUUUUUCGGGGAAGAGCGGUGGCUAAAGAAAAAGGGAAGAAGGACCACCUGAUCGCAGGUUACGGGCAAACCGAAGUGGUGGCGUUGCGAAAUGUCGGCUGUUUUCCCAGGCUAACUGGUGAGUUGUUAGUCUGAUUUUUACCUCUAAUGUCGCUUUAAUCUUGACUGCACCCACCUAGGUAACAAGAACCCAAAUAUAGAACAAUUCGUAAGUACGGCAAUGGUCCAAUUAAGGAUGUGAAGUAUAUGAAAUAUUUCAUUUUUGAACUGCGGUUGUAGAUGAAAGUGAAGAAUGAUCAUUGCAGUAAAUUUUCCAAUUUAAGCAAUUAGAAAGAAGAAGCCUGAAAAAAAAUCAGAGCUUCAACGGGAUUCGAACCCGUGACCUCCGCGUUGAAGCCCUGAUUUUUUUUUUUUUUCAGGCUUCUUCUUUCCAAUUGCUUAAAUUGGAAAAUUUACUGCGAUGAUCAGUCUUCACUUUCGGUCCAAUUAAGAUUAGUUAAUUCACCAUCACAUUUCUAUCAAUACUAGUAGUAACUAACUCAAGUAUCGUUCGACACUUCUCCGAGGUAAGUCCUUGUUUCUUUUUUUCCUUCUUUUUUGUAGGCUUUAGACGCUGCUGCAAAGGCAGUCAGAGCUGCUUUCGAUGCAGCGGAGAAAGAAUUGAGGGAAGCGAGAGAAUCAGUUGUCAAAGCGAAAGAGGACUGCAAAAGAAAGAUGUCACUCAAUUGUGAUAACUGUAAAAAUCUCAAAUGCAAACAAGCAGAGAAAGACUGUAAAGGUUUCUUGGACGCUGCUGGCAAGUGGAUUUCCAAAAACGUCUUAGCUCCGGUAAAUUUUCGAUAAUAGUUUGUGUGAUAUUUUCAUUAUGUUGACCUCUGUGUUGCAGAUGUAACAACUAUCAUGUGUAUUCACGAAUACAGUAAAGUCCCUCGCUUGAGCGCACCCCUUGGGACCUCGACUUAAUCUCCCUAGUAACUAGCUAGCUUACUUAAUAGUGGCGCGAAAAGAUGUUCUUUUGCGCUAUAGGGGUAGCAUGUAUGUACAUUUGGUGGGCAGUUUCCCAGAAAUUUAUAAUGAUCCCAUUUGUGUCAGGACGAACUUUUUCAUGGAAGCGAGAUUGGAAGAAGGCAGAAGAAAAAGGGAAUUUUAUAAAUAAGUAACAAAGAAGUCUAAAUCCAAAGAAAAAGACAUUCAGGCAACAGGGGCACGCCCCUGAGAGGCACAGAUAGAGUUUGGUUGUGUCUAAUGUUCAAUGAUGCCCGAUCUUUUUGAUUUUGGGGCUUAACCAAAGAGCCCCUAACCCAUUAUAGGGAGCGUCCUGUUACUGGAGUAUGUUUCAUUCAAAAUUAUGUACGUUUUACCAGGAUUUUUUAAAAAUAAGUGUAAAAACUAAAAAUUCACUUAUGCGCGAAUCUUGAUCAAAAUAACAUGUCAAGAACAAUAUUUCACGAGUGAGAUAUCCUCUCGACAUGUUGCACUAUCAUUUAUAUAGUUGUCGCGUGCAUGCUUCGUUGUUUAAACGUAUGCUAAGCGUCGUACAUGUAGCUCGCGCCCUUGCAUCUCAACUGACAUUUUCACGUCUUUUUAAAGAUGUUUUCGUUUUUUUCUCGGUGUCAAAUGUGUUUAGGUCGGAAAAGUCGUCAAGAAAGUUUUCAAGGGCUGGAAGAGGAAGCGCGGACUCGACAAACUACGCAACGACAAUUUUGCCCAUCAUCUUCGGCGGCGUCGUUUUGUCAGUAAAUUAAUCUGUGAAGGAAUUGUUGGAGGAUCUUGCGCAGGUUAGUAAUGUUUCCUUUAAAAAAAUUAGCAGACUGCUUGCAGUCCGCCUUUUUUCUUAAAAUCCGUUCAGUUCUUAUCCCAGUUUGCGUGAUUGUAAACAACGACGUUACAAUAUGGGAUUAGGACGCUCGCGUGCAUGGGUUACGCGUGGAGUAACUUUGGAAAGAAAAAUAAUAGACGGUUGCAGCCUAAAAAAUUAGUGUUUGUAGCUACAGCCACUGUAAGUGUACUUUUGUUUGGGAGAAUGCAAUGUGAGGUUAUUGAUCUCAAAUUCUUUGGAUUCGUUAAGACGAAAGAAAAGAAAAUUCAGAAACAGUGAGCAGAGAGGUCUUACGCUUCUCUUUCACGGCAUAAAAAUCAAUCCGACAUUUGUCCCGGAUGGCGGGAACGCCCCACCCACUGGUAGCUGGAAAGAUGCCUUAUUAAACAGUCAGAAGAAGCAUGAGAUCACUUAUUUUUUCGGAAUUAAAGGCUUUUGAUUGCCAAGACAAAAAACUGCAAGGACUGGAAUGCCGAUAGGUGGGAGACUCGAUGCAACAAAUAAGAUUAUUCACCAGAGUCAAGACUUACUAUUUUUGUGCACAGUCAGAUCAAAAGGGAACCGUGGAGGAUAUUUUCGCUAAAGUUAUCCCGUUAAUAUAGAAUUUUGAAAAAAACAAAUGCUCAAAAAGUUGUUUAAUUCUUCCACAUUUCAAAUUUUGGGUGAAAGUUUGUACUUACUACGACUCGUGCAAGGUAUUCAUCUCUCCUGUUGGAAAAUUAGGCUGCAGGCUUUCAAACGGUAUGGUGUAAGAUUUGAUGGCUUGUCCUUGAUAACAAUACAUAUGAGACACCCGUGUUUGUUUUCAGGCAUCGCUCAUCUUUGUGAAGGAACGUGCAAGUUUGUAGAGGCUAUCGGCAAGGGUCUCUGCAAUGUUCUGGAUGUGGCGGUUGGUUUCUUGUACUUAACCGAAAAGGCGACUGCAUGGGUUGGUGCCGCAAUCAACUUCCUCCUCACCGCUUUCAGGGUAAACAGGUAGAUGUAUCAAGAUUUUUUCUUAUGACUUCCUUCCUCUUUAGAGCAUUAGAUUAUCUUGGUUUCCGUUUUUAUAUGCCCACUACAGUGGCACCUCUCCUUUUGGGACACCUCUCUUUAAGAGACACCUCCAUCCAUCCAGGGAACAAGUUUGGUCCCGGUAAAACGUCCUCUCCUAUAUGCUUAAUAGACACGUCCAUUUAGGGGAAAAGAACACUUUGUCUGGGUACCGUAAUCCCGCUUUAGGUUUCUGUAAAGGAACAUCGAUGAUUUAACGUGCCCCGGUUCCUUGGGUGUCCCGUAAAUAGAGGUUCCAAAUAUAUUCCUCUUUUUCUACUUCUGCACGGCAGCCUCUGUCCUUGUACGCCCAACAUCACGUAGUAUCGGCUUUCUCUACUUUGAUUAGCAAAAACUUUACGAUUGGUAGUGCAUAGCAACAUAACAAAGAUAUGAAGUCUAAAGGCGGCGCUCUCAUGGGCGGUGUAUCACACGUCAAAAGGAGGGUUGUACAGUCACGUGAUACCAUUUUGUUUUUUAAACUCACGGUGCUCCACGUGCGGUCGCUGAUACGACAUGACUUAAAUUUAGGAAAUACCCUCCUUUGUAGGGCUGAAAGAGGCACUACAGAAAAGUUACCGGGGGUUAUUGAACAACCACUUUUACUUUUUAAAGGUGAUAAUUAAAAUUUAGGUAACAGUUAGCAUUUCAAUCAAGAUUCGAAGCUGUGAGAAGUUUUAACGAUUUUCAGUACGAUGACCACAUCAUCAGUAGUUCCUCAUUGGGAAACAUUCAAUGCUUAGUUGGAACAGUAGUGUGGCCAACGGCUCAGAGAAGAUGAUGAUCUCACUAGUUUUGGACAGCCUGGUCAGUAGUCUAGCUGGAGUUCGAGCCUGGUGCUCACUCAGCGAACCUUCAGUUUACCAACAGUUCUUUGUGUCCCAAUAGCAUUGUCAUUGAGUUUGGCUUGGCAACAUACGCUGGUGGAGGCUUCCCCGACGUGACUUUUGCCGCUGGUGUAGACAUGACCAUAUUUGGAAAAAACCUUUACCUCUCCAUCGCUCUAAAACUGAGCAGCCGGCAGUCAAUUAUAGACAGUCUUUUAGCGGGAUCGGAUAGUGCCACUAGUUGGUACAAGGACAAGAUGAACAAAGAGAAUCCAACAGACACUUCAGAGAACUAUUACGAUAACCCGAAUCCUGCUGUUGACUUCCAGCUUUCAGGUAAUAUUGCAGACACCAUAAUGAAUGUUUUAUAAGAUAUUCAAACAUCGAAUGGAUUAAAAAACAAACAAAUAUACGAGGCGCUGCCAAGGUUUUAAAUUGAACUGCAGGUGUUUCCUAGUGGUAAUGCAGGAUUCGGCAGAGAUUUUCUUUGUUUUCUUUUCAUAAAUGACUAAGGUUUUAGAAGUACAACUUCAACAGUUUAGCAUAAUGUAUGCAUGGCUGGUGGCUGCCUUCAGAAGAGUAAUGGUUUCCAAUAAGCAAACUUAAAUGUACGAAGCACCUUUUAUAAAUGCAUAAGCGAAAUAAUGUAUGCUACAUUCAGUAUUUAUAAUGACCUGAAGAUACAACACCCAAUGAUGGAUAACGAUUACGAUUUCUAGUCAUUUUGAUCCUAGAACGUUCACUUCACUGUCGAGAAAGAGAUAUUGGAGGUGCUACUUUCAGGUAUACAAUCUAAAACACGCAUUAGGAGAAACCUAUUCCUCAGUAGUUUUGUAAAAUUGAUGACUCUAAAGUUAAGGGACUCAAAGAAGUAUACUGCUCAUGUCUCCAUUUCUAAACGACCGACCUCUUUCAACUUUUAAGAACACUUCAUGAUUGAGAAUCAACAGUCAGCCACAGACGACAGAUAUGGACCUUGUCUUUACGUGGACAUUAAAACAGAAGGUACCUACAUUAAAGUGACGGGAUGCAAUGACACGGACGACAGACAGACCUGGUAUUAUACACCGAAAGGGCAAAUUAAGGUAGGAAAUUUCUUGCCGAAAAAUACGCCUGUUAAAAAGGCUCUAGGCUAAGUUAUAGCUCUUUCUGAUUAGAGCUUUUAUUUCGCUUGCUUGAUUUUGGCGUAUCUGCGUGAAUCGAGUAAGAUCUCCGUUGUGCAUGAAAUGCAUGUUGAUAGGAUACAGUUUCGAAACCAGGCAUAACAACUAUGCGUUUGGUACAGCAAGCUCAGUUAUAAAUAUCGGUUUAUCAAUAAAAAGAUGCACGCACUCGAAAAACUACUAGUUUGACAGGAGAAAUCAAGAUCGAGUAGUCCAGAGGUAUGGGCUGCGGCGACUUCAAUGGCUUGAAUCAAUUCAGUCAGAACUGAAAAAAAUAAAGAAGGCUCUGCUAGUCGGAUGUUAAGCCUGAGUAAAUUUUGCUGUUAGGAAAUGAGCGUAACAUUCUAAAUCUUUAAAGGUGUCUCCAUUUGUCGUUGCUUCGUAGAAUUUGUAUUCGGAGUUGUGUAUUGACACGAACGGAGCAUCCCAAGGCUCGAAGUUGAUCCAAAGCAGAUGCGACCAUAGGAAAGAUGAUCAGAAUUUCCAGUGUGAUCUUGCAGUUAGGUCCAUCAAAAGACGAAGAGUUGAUAUGUGCUGGACUCUAGGUCAGUGAUUAUUUCAUGUUUGCAGUUCGCAUCCAAAAUUUUCCCCUGUUUCUGGUGGCUAUCAUCCUCUUCUAUGUUUACGAACAAAAAAGAUUUAUAUUUUGAAACAUACUAGAUUGGUGAAACUGUUUUGUACGAUCACGAUUCCAUUGCUAAAUACUCAUUAAUCAAUCUAUUCAUUUAUUUAUGGACAUUUUAAUUAAAAAUACUAUACUUUUGAUGCAAUAUAAUGUGUUAUAUACUGCAUAUACUUUAUCAAGAAUUUAUUUAUUUGAUUUAUUUUUUUGCACUCAUUAUGCUUUUUGGUUUUGUUUUUUGUUUUGUUUUUUGUUUCUAAUAGCAUUAAUAUUUCUUUCUCUUUUUUCACCUUCCCCCGCAUCGAUUAGAUUUUCCUAUUUGCGGGGGAACAUUAAACAUUAAACUCUGUUGUCUUGUUGAUGUGUUCCUAAUAAAGUUUGUUGUUGUUGUUGUCGCAGUUUUCAUAGCAACUUCUAAACCUCGUAUUUUUGAUUGUUUAGGAUCAACAAGUGUGAAUGGACCAGGCUCCUUAGUUCACUUUGGUUCCUUAAAAUGCAUCCGUCCAGUUGGAGGAGGUGACAGUGUAUCUGAUGGAGAAAGAAUGGAACUUUAUUCUAGUUGUAAUAUGGACCGGUACGUAAACCUUACCCACAGGACAUUUCAUCCUAUUAAUGUUUAUUUAAAAAAAAGGGAGAGUCUUGGGAUUUUCAAACACUGAGUAUUAUAACGAGUUGAAGCGGUAAUUGUAUCCUCCAAAACUAUGGGCGAAUCUUUGUUGACAUUUUAUGCCUAAUAAAAGUCUGCUUGUCAUUGUCUGACCAAGCUUUGAAAAUAACAACUCAGAAAAUUAAUUAAUUAUCUCUUAAAUCAUGAUUCUGAUAUUACGAAUGGUUUUGGAAAAACUAAAGAAGGUAUGAGCGUGAGUUUUUCUACCCAGCAGUUUUGUAGUUUUUGAUUCAGUUGCUGCUAUUUCCUUUGUUACUGCUUUCAAAGAGCUCAAAAUUGCUUAACCAUGCCAGCUCCUUCAACUUUUGAUCCUAUCAUGUAUGUACCACGACGCCUUCUAUACGCCACUUGCACAUCUCCCAUAAUGCACCUUAUUUGCCCGCCAAAAUUUUGCAUAACCUUUGUUUUUUUAUUUCUCCUGGGUAUUACAGCCAUCCCAAGAGAAAUUGAAAACAUAGCUUGCGAGCAGGCGUUUGGAAGUAGUGGGCAAAAAAAAGAACGGGGCGUGCGAGGGAGACACGCGAGGGAAGAGGGAGCGUCUGCCCGAGAAGCCCAUGAAAAUCGUUUCAACUCGCUUCCCGAGAGUGCGGAAAUUUCGUGUUGGUUGAGAGUCUGUUAAGUGGAUAAGUAUUCGCGUUAGACGUGAAAAAAUGUGAAUCAAAGAAAACACGAGAUCGCUGGUAAACAUGUAAUACAUGGACAAGGUACAAUAUUAUGUUACACCACUAAACACUAAAUGGCAUAAUAAAAGUUCAGAUCUUGGAGGUCACUUUACUAUGGUUCAAUGGGACUAUGUGGCUGUAAUCUAAAAGAAAAGUUGGAGUGUUCCAGCGGUAUUUACGAAGGAAAGAUUUGACGGGCACCAAGGACGCAUUAGUAGAAGUAGCGACAGACAAAAGAUCUGUCGAAUGGUUGAAAAGAAGAGCAUAGGAAAUAAUCUUCUUUGCUGAAAGAGAACAGAACGCAUGCCAUCAAAACCUGGACAGGAUUGAUGAAAUGAUACAUAUACCAGGGGCAUGAAUUUGGAAAACCUUUUGCUACUGUUAUUAUUUGUUCAAAGGCGUCUGAUGUUUACGUAUCGCUUCUGCAGCCUUUAAAAACGUCUCGGUACAGUUUGUCCGCUGAAAGUUUAAGUCCGCUUAGUAAGACAAGACGACUGCUACAUUGCGCAGCAAAAGCAAUGCUCAUUUUUCACGUACGCUGCGAUCUUCGGUGUCUGUGCAGUUGUGACUCUGUAAUCUGAGAGAGUAAUAUUUAGCUUUUUAUAAUACACAGCCUGCAUCACUUGAGAAAUACCCAUUUUUGACUCUGUUCUUCGUAUUUAGUGUGCCCGUGGUAAAAAAAAAAAAAAAUUAAAGCUGUGUGUUAACAGUCGGUUUAUUGCUCCGCCGCUAUAUCAUCAGAUAACCCACUAGCUGAUCUUUAUAACAGAUAUAUUAAAACCGAGGAUAUAAAUGUACAACGCUUCUUGGCUGUACGAUUUGUUUGUGCGAGGUCAAUCGGGCCUCUCGCGCAGGCGCUCCCUCUCCCCUCGCGUGUCUCCCUCUCGCGCGCCCUUUCUUUCUUGCGCCCAAAUACUUCCAAGCGCCUGCCACGCAGGCUAUUGAAAACAAUGCUUAUGCAAAAUUUUGGGUGGCAAAUAAGGUGCAUUAUGGGAGAUGUGCAAGUGGCGUAUAGUUUUUGUUUUAGAACCGUGCAAUUUGAAGCUAUGGCCGCGAUGUAUCAAGCUACUAACACGCAGGCCCGACACGAGCCACUUCAUUCUUUGUAAACAAACGUUUCUCCAAAAUUGAAAAAAUUCAAAUUGUUUCACACCCCUAUCAGAGUAGAGUUUAAAUUGGACAGUGGUAGCUGGAUCCACACCAAGAGUGGAAAAUGCGUGCAGCCAGUGGCAGCAGUAACUGAUGGCGUUCCACUUGGUUUGUACUCGUCAUGUGGCGGUCAUCAGUUUAGUUUUACAACUGGAGGAUCAUUGCAGCACGUGGGUAGCAAGAAAUGCGUCAAUACUAAAUCAGGGGUGAGUUUUAAUCUUGAAAGCGCAAUUUGAGGAACCUUAAAAGAAUCGCAAUUGUUUAUUAUUGAAUGUAUUCAUUAGAACGAAAUUUAUCGUAUAAUAGCUGGCCAUGGUUUAUCGUUUGUCUUACAGUAAUCAAUAAUUGAUAUUGAUUACGUACGCGCGGGACAUCAGUUGAUAGCAUCUGUUAGGUGUGCGGGACUAUUAGAAGCACCGUGGCUGUUUCUGAAUGGUGUAUUACAAUCCAAACUAAUGGUUGCCGUUGGUUGAAUUCGGUUAUUCUUCAUUAUUGAAAUUGUUCCCCGUAGCUCAGCUUUCAUCAGUGGUAGUGAUCCACUGUUGUCUUGAUCCAUUCUCGACCCCAGUGCUUACGGGUUUGGGAAUGCGCGCGUAAGUUCUGGAAAACUCUGCGCCGGAGUAGACAAAAUCUGGCUAUUUGGGCCUCACAGCGCAUGCUCUUUGACCAAACCAAAACUUUUUGCUUCUUUUAUAUCUACUUCAUCGCGAAAGUCUUUUGCUGCUUCGGCAUUAGAACUGAAGAAAUUCAGUUAACGGCCCUGAAGAAUUUUCAGGUAUCCAAGGCUCUUGUGGUAGCUGCUGCGAAAAUCCCAUUAAACGUUCUCAAUCACAGAGUUUGCAUAUGCUUGACAUUUGAUUAAAUAUUUAUGUUGACUCCUUCACGAGGCGGUAAGUGAAACCCGAAUGGCUUGUUAAGAUAAACGUAUCGAAAUUGUAAUAAAACUUUCCAAAAUAUGAAUUUAGCGUCCUUUUAUUUAUGUUUGUUCGUGAAUAUUAACACUUCAGCGAAGCUGCUUUGAAAUGCGAUAUCGUGGGAAAAGAAGACAACUAUAAAUAUCUAGUCGCAUCGUACACGCAUCACUUUCGGGAACGAUUUACUUUGUCGGUUUUUUUUUUCUUGCAAGUCUGUGUUUGGGCAAAUUACGACAAGAAGCUCAAGUUUUCAUUCAUAUUCGGCCACUUCGUGUGAAUAUGAUAAGUGUCGUGGAAGUCAAAGAAAAGUCAGUAAUGUGUCAUGCUUCUUAAAUUAUAGCUGGCAAAGAUGUCGGUGUAUCUUCCGAUUAAUAGGACAAUUGCACGAUUACGUCAUUUCACUACAACUGCCAGAAUCCUUGAGUUUGUUGUUUUCUUGUGCAAAUUAAGGCUAUUGUUCUUUAAUCCUCAGCGGGAUUGACAAAUUUAAAUAACAAAGCAAAACCGAAACGAAAUCUGGUAGUUGCAGUCAAAUAUCGUCAUCGUGUAAUUGUCCUAUUUAAGCGUGUAAUUGAUCUAAAAAUACAUGUAACUUGUUGAAAUUCACAAAUCCCAAGGGCGAGACUGGGCGUCUCUCUCUCUGUCCCAUUAUUCUCUCUUGAAGUGUAUUUGAGGACGUUAUUAAAAACAGUUUGGAAUUGGAGAACGAGUAAAUGAAUAGCAAUUUAUGAAACGAGGCAUUUCGGCAUCGUUGCAGGUAACAAAAACUAACUCUUUAACACGGAAUCCACCAGGAAAUUGAGAAAAUGAAAAUGAAUGUCAAAUUUCACAAAAUUACAUCUUGCACAUGAAAUUUUCACAAUUUUACCUGUGUUUUCACAAUAGACCUAUUCGGCUAACUAAAUGUUGUACAUAUCAUUUAAAUGUGAAUGCAACAUUAUAAUGCAAAUACAGUGCACAAAGAAUCUUGAACCCGGGAGGUCUGAAUUGGGUACAACAUUGAGUCAGCCUAAUAGGUCUAUUCUUGUGAAAUUUGACAUUCAUUUUCUCGGACUGCCAUGAGAAAUUUCUUUGGUGUUAUUACAGAUGACUAAUUACAUCUUUAGCCCUUGGAAAAUGUAAAAAAAUAAUGCAAUAUUCUUUGAAUUAUUCUGGUACAAGGUUUUUGUCCACUGAAAAUUACUUAAUUUCCUGGUGGAUUCUGUCUUAAUUUCUUUUACACCCAUGUUUUAGCUUGAAGACCGAUCUUGCCUUGAUCUUUUUAAAGCAACCCUUUCACGUUUCAAGUCCCUUAAACCAUGUGUACUAUGAUUAUUUUACUCCCUUGCGUCAUUAGGCUAUGCUGGCACCAGACUUUGAUGAAAUUGUAUUGGGUGAUAACUGUGAAAACACUGACGCUUCAACCUUUGAGCAGCACUUGAAGUUCAAUUUUAUACCAAGUAAGACACGGAAGUAAAGUUUCACUUUAUACAGAUACGUCAAAGGAACCCUUUUCAAUUUGUUGGUCGAAGCUAUGUUCUCUCAGAGACAGUAAAAAUUCAGAUUCAGUUGCAGAUUUUAACUGCCCAUAACCCAAACGUUUUUUGUUAAAGUACACAUUACUACGACAACUUCUGCAGGAAAAUCGCCAUUUGCGAUUUGAACAUAACGUGAAUUUUUUUGAAACGUUCAAAUUUGCCGCCAUUUUGACACUUCAUACCUCUCAGCGUCAAUAUUAUCCUGAUACAACAAUGGCUUUUUGUUCAAGAUGAAGACCCCGUUUACUACGGGUCCGGACAAAGUUUUGAAAGGGGCCGACGGAACCGUGUAAGUUUUGAUCGGCAAAGUGUGCAAGAUCAGAAGUAAUGCCAAUUUCUUUUACCGGUGCGGUUCCACUUCACGAGUACUCACCUAGGUAGUACUCACCUAGACCGUGCAAAUUUGUCACGGUUUGCCUACGUUACUCGCCCUUGAUAAAAAAAAGUCAUUUCAAUGGCAAAAAUUCGUACGGACUCGUGUAAACAUUGCUGUAACAGAAUUUCCACUGUUCCGUGUAAACGGAUUGGGCGAGUAAAACAUUUGUCCGUUUAAGAUUUGUCCUGGAUCUGUGUAAUUCGGGGUCUGAAGGACUCCCUAAGGUGUCCUUUAACAAUCAAAAAACUUUUGUGGCUCUUCCGGCUUAAGUGAUCCUCUUUGUUAGCGUUUAUGUAGUGAUAAUACGAUCGACAGGUAUUUUUUGGCUUAUAAGUUUUAAAAUCUGCAUUGUAGUUCUAAACAUCCCAUUGUCAUUUUCUAUCCACAGCUGAUCCUACUGUACACUUGGACAAGUGCACGUAUUUUAAUGCUGCAACGCGAAGACUCGACCAGAGGUUUGAAGUGGUUGACGAAUCUGUUGUCAGCAUUUGUACCAAGUUCGACAAAAGUAAGUCAGUUUACAUUAACGGCCGCUUACUUUAACGGUUAUCUUUCCGCAUAAGCUAGUAUGACGAACGUAUUCAGUCCUCUUCUCUUGUAUUUACAUUUCUCACCUGGAGGACUUUAAUCAAGUGGUACUAUAAUGUUGGCUUGAUUUAAGAUCUUGUCUCAUUUCAAAUAAUGACGUCUUUCAGAUUGGGCGGUAAUGUUAAGUUUUUGGCCAGCGCCUUAGCUUGUCAUCCCCUUGAAAGGGUUUACAUUGUGACUGGCAGUGCGAUUGUAUAUUCAAGAUUUCGUCUUUUGUCCACUCAACAGAUCUUGCUUUAAGGAAAACGACAGCGCAAUCCAGUACUGAUUACAAUGGCUUCAGCAGCAGGGCAGUAGAUGAAAACUUAGGUCCUUAUUAUAGCAGUAAAUCCUGUACUCACACCAAGAAAGAACACAAUCCAUGGUGGAGGGUUGACCUUGGAAGGGAGUACAUUGUCACAGGUGUGUGAUAUAAGGCUAUGUUCACCGUACUAUACUGGAUAGAGUUUGCGCUGGCACGAAAACCAUACAUUAUAGGCCAGGGCUGCUGCUCAACAUAAUAACGGUGAUUUCUGCGCGAUUUCUGUAAAGGGGUGAAGCUGCGCCGCGCAGAUCUCUAAAGUGGAGUCACAGUCACGUUUCGUUAAAGUGUUCACUGGGCAUGAAUGCCUAUGAUCCGGUACAGUGUUAAUAUGGCCUAAGCGUCGAAAUAAACAUUGUCUCUGAGACAAGCUGCAAUGCACAACAUAACGAUGGAAUUCAAAUAAAUGCGUAGCUGGUCUGAAAGUUGAAAUAAAAAAUAACGCCAGUUAAUAGGGACCCUUUUUAGCCUUCGGGCGGUACGGUUUGUCAUGUUUCCACUUAAAAGUGGACUAAGAUAUCCCGCCAGAUGUGGCAAUGGCACUGUGUCAUCUAAGUUUUUUUUGUGUUAUCCUAACCGUUUCGUUAGAGCAUGAGGUAGUCUAAUAAAAAUGCCAUAGGUACAGUUUAGCCUUAUCCUUGCAAGGAAGCAGUGAAGAAAUAACAAAGUGACCUAGGUAACGGUGCUUACAGUUUGACAAAAGUUGAUUAUUUCUUACAAAAGAAUUCACAAUCAGAUCAUACACUAAUCGACGCGAAAGACGUAUGCCCGCUGAAGAUCCUCUUCACAGCUGAUUUUUCAUGAUUCAAAGUCGAGUUUUUACCCAGCACGAUGUUGAAUGAAUUGUUUGAUAAUCUACAUGAUCUUAAGGGGACCGGGAUUUAAAAUUACAAUUUAAAACUAGUGUUAGUAUUUUUAGUAAUACCUUAAUUUUGCGAUUGUGAGUCAAUAUUUAUUUCUCUUUGCAGACGUGAAGAUCAUCAAUCGUUUUGACUACUACGAGAGACUCAAGAAUUUUGAAGUGAGAAUUGGUGUUAACACCGAUAACUUACAGAAUCCCACAUGUUCUGACCGAGUUACGUCCGUGGGCCAGGGAGCAGCUUUAUCACUUUCUUGCGAUCCACCAAUCCCAGGGCGAUAUGUGUCAGUACAGAUGUUUGGAGAAGGAAUUUUGACCAUGUGUGAGGUGAUGGUGUACUCCAGAGUUGGUAAGUAGCUGAUGUGACGAACAUGGAAGAACCAGCCGGUUUCUCAAUAUUUUGUGUCGUGAAUACCGACAUAAGUUCAUGCCUGGAGAUCUCUCGGUCUAACUCGCCCUGAAGCUUCAUUGAUUGACUAUUGAUUUUAUCUGAAAUAUUUAACUGUUGGUACAGGGUAGAAACAGGGAAGCGUGUCAGUUUCCCAGCCUGUCAGAAAACAUUUUUUUGCGGCGGAAGUAUUCAACGAUGGUCAAUUGUAUCUUUUACCGGACGUUUAAAAACUUGCACUACUUUUAAGGAUUGGUCCAGUGAGGAUUAGACGAAUCCCAUGAGUUAAACUACCAGCUCAAAGGUUUCAAUAUAAUAUGAAAUAUAUGAAAAUAUACGAAAGCAUCCUUUGACUCUUGUUCUUCGGUAGGCAGCUCACCGUUUAAGUUGUCUCACUAGUCUGUGUCUCCUCGAUCUAGGUUCCUUGGCAGACCUAUGCCAGCUUGAUAACGGCGGCUGUCAACAGCUUUGUUAUAACCUGUGUAACCUGAAAGUUCAGUGCGGCUGCUGGCCUGGCUAUACUCUCGCCUAUGAUGCCAAGACCUGUAUGGGUAAGUAAGGAUUAAGACUCAAUGCAGUCGACAUGUCAGUUUCGAUUUUUACUGAACUUGAAAAUGGAUGCGGACCGGCAAACAAAAUUCCAUAACUGUCGAUAAAAUCCCGAUAUUUAGUCAGCUUCUUUUUAAAUAAUAUGUAAGGCUAAAUAAUAAUACAGUAGGGCUACUCUUUUCAGGUUAGCAAGUUAGCUGUGAAAGGAGGGCCUUUUUUUCCUUAACCCUUUCACUGCCAAACUUCGCCAAAAGGAAAUUUUGACCAAAUGUCCAAAUUUCAUUUUGUGAAAUGUUGAAAAACAAAUAACACCGUGUGUAAGUAGAGGCAGAGAGCUUUCAUUUGAAUGGUCACAUAGAGUUACCUUACAAAACUCCAUCCAGCACUCUGGCAGUGAAAGGGUAACUUAGGGUAACUUAGGAUAUGUAAUUUUAUCUUAAGAAAUAAAGAUUAUUAUUAAAGAUUAAUAAAGAUUAUUAUUAUUAUUAUUAUUAUUGUUAUUAAACUGAAUUAUUUCAUAAUGACGCUGACCUCCAAAGUCGAAAAGAUCGUUUUCAAAACCCAACGCGCAAGAUCUUUCUUUCAUCGUUAAUUACUAAAAGCAAAGAGGAAGCAAUUCUUUUUGGGAAAGAGAAAAGUGAAUGAAUUUUUUAGUCAUGAUAUUUUGUUUGUAAUGCGAUUCGCCGUUACCUGCAGUAUCCAAGAUGAUAUUAUGGUUCCGAAGCAAUGGCGGUGACAAUACGAAACAGUCUUGUAGGGUCAAAAAUGUUCUCUUUUAGUGGGUCUUUAGUCUUUUUCUCGCAGCCUAGAAUUUCUUUCUUGUUUCAAAAUUUUUAGACAAAGAUGAAUGCCAGUCUAACAAUGGAGGUUGCGAUUACGCACUUGGUUUAUGUAUCAAUACACCUGGAAGCUACCGCUGCGCAUGUAAACAGGGAUAUGAACUCAAAGAGAACAGUGAAUUCGAGUGUGAAGGUGAGAAACAGCGGCAUAUUUGUUCCUUGCACAAUAGUUGUUUUGUGGCUCCCUACAUUUCACUUUGUACUACAAAAGAGCAAUUAUUAAAAAAAGAAAAAAUAGUAAAUGGAAAUGGUUUAGCUGCUUCGAAUUCAGGGUAUCACCGAUUAUCUAGCUCUUCUCCUGGUGCCUUGAACAUUGCAUAUUUCGAAUGUGACUUUCUUUCAUUUCCCUCCUCCCAUUUCCUUCCUCCCGCUAAGUUGGAGCCUUUCAGUUCAGUUUAAUAAAUUUCAUUUUGAUCAAGCGUGCUUCGACAGCACAACUUGAGUGUGUUUGGCUAUUGAGGUAAUUCAUCCAUUAAACACAAAGAAACUGAAAUGUUUUACCAUCUACAUGUUAGGCAAACCGGUAAGUUAACGGUUUGGGUAAUGGUAAGCAAAAUUUAGGACUGGUAAAUAUCGUCGUGGAAUGGCGUUAAUCAUUUGUAGAAAUAUUUUUCAUUUACCGAAAAACUGCCACGAAGGCCUGAAACUGGUAUCAGAGAUAUUGUAGCUUUGAAGAAAUGGAACACGAAUAUCCGUUUGGAACAUUCCGUGUAGGACGGAGCUAUCAGAUGUUCCGUUGCUCCCCGAAAUUUUCCACGGCAACGACUAAAAAAAGUGUUCAGUUUACUUUCCAACUGAAUUCUCCGAAAACCUUUUUUGUAACGUUUAACAACCUAAAUUAACCUUUGCUUAUACAAGUUACAUUUUUUAUCUUUCAGAUUUUAACGAAUGCAGCUUGAAUAACGCUGGAUGUGAACACGUGUGUAAUAACACGGGCGGAAGUUUCAACUGUGAUUGCAGGGCCGGCUUCAAACUGAAACCGGACAAGAGAGGCUGCGAAGGUAACGGUGGUCUAAGGUCUGAUAAGGAUAUACAAUAUGUAAACCCAAAUAUAGAAAAAGAAGGACCAUUCAUCGUAUUGUGUUUACAUGCUCCAUGUGAAAACGCUGCAUAGGGUAAUUUCACGUCGUAGUCGACGUGUAGUGGCAAAGAAAUGUACAAGAAAGCGUGAUGUACGUGGCGAGUUGUUGUUUUGCUUAUAUAUCAAACCUGUUUCUGUUUUUGAAGUGCUCGUCGCCGUCGUUGCUAAAGCUCCCUAAUAGUGAGCAAAUGUGGGGAACGCGAAAAAUCUCGUUCUGUUAGUAUCUGGAGUUUGAUCCUCAAAAUACUUUAUCUUCUUUCUUAGACAUUGACGAAUGUGUCAUAGCAGAUAAAGGCGGCUGUGAACACACGUGUACCAACUAUGAAGGCGGAUAUUACUGCUCCUGUAAUGCCGGGUAUCGACUAAUGGAUGAUGACCAAGGAUGUGAAGGUACCAAGUGCAUUGAUAGGUUAAUUCUGUCACCCAUAGGUUUGAACCAUCCAGUACAGCACAAACAGAGUAGAUAUUGUGAGGUAUGAAACCAAAACCUAAGGAAAACUCGACUGGCCAAAAAUGGAGGCAAAAAUUGUGAAAUGAGAUGACAAGAAUGAGGAAACCAUACCUUCAAAAGGUUUUAGAAUGACAACUGUUACUGUUUGCGGAGAGAAGAAAGGCGUGACGCUCAAGAAUUGCAGAAGAACUCUACUAAUGUGUAACUCUACAAAUCAGCUUCUGCAUUGUUAUGUUGACUCAUUUCAUCAUUUUCAAUACGGUUACAUUUCCCUUCCUUGAAUAGCGUGUUCUUGCUAAUUUUUGUUUGUUUGUUUGUACUAAUCGUGGGCACGGUUGUGGGUGGAAUUAGCCGAACCCAGAUCUUUGGCGUGGCGUUUCCUUUAUUAUUAUUUUUUUUGUACUAAACGCUUUUACGUACCAAUCUUUUUAAAGAAAUUUACUGUCCUGCUCUGGAAGCUCCCUUCCGUGGCUCCAUCACUCCCUCAAGCUGCACAGACGAGAGAGCGAACAUCCAGCGUACCACGAUUUGUACCUAUGUUUGUGAGACUGGACAUUACGUUACAGGUGGGGAUAAUACACUGACCUGUCAAAUCGACGGACUUUGGCAAGGAACUGUGCCCUAUUGUCAACGUAAGUAUAAUAGCUACCUUAUAACCAGCGGAAAGUUGUGACGUGAAUUUUACCGCCCUGUUAGCAGGUUUAGGGCCUGAGUACAUGAGCCUGUCUGGUCCCGUUCCUAAGGCUGACUUGAUUUGCAGGGCCACAUAAGUAAAACACAGAAAAAAUGCCAUUUCGAAAUUAUACGCCAAUGGAGCCAGCCGGUUUAGCUGGAAUCCAGGAAUUGUGAUGCCGGAUAAUUGGUCUGGAAAUAGACCUUAUUCACUAUACCCGCCAUCUUUGCACGCGCUUUAGGAUUGAUGGGACAAAAGCAAUGUCACGUGGUAUUUCAGGGGACAGACAAGUGAUAGCAUUUGCCAGCACGAGUUAUCCGGUCGAGGUUUUUCUAUAUUCUCACAAAACGAGACGACGAUUUAAUAGUCAUGCAAAAAGUGGGGUUCUGUUCGAGUCUCGUUACGUUAAGAGAAUAAUGCGUUGUGUAAAGCUCAUAAGAUGUCCAAUCUGCUUCACCCGAUGUUACCUAAUGCUAACCGUCAUGUUAUCAUGCUCGCCAGCAAUCUAAACAAGCAACAGCAAAGCGUGUAACCGAAACAUUGCUCAUGCGUUCUGCUUUAAAUCUGUCUGUAAACCUGGCGGCUUCGAGCUGGAUCGCUUCAAGUAUUAUCGGGAUAAAAGUCACCUGGGUAAUCCGGCAAUCCAGGCAUGGCAUUAAGUCUAAAACUUGAAAAGGAUUAUUGAUCUAACGAUCUUGUGAAAAAAAAAAUUCUUGCAUGUAAUUCGUAAGAAAAUACCAGCCAUAAAAAAAUUAGAAGUAUCUGGGUAACAAAAGUUAAUAAGCCAAUAUAUUAUUUGUAAAAUUCCGAGUUUUUACUAGCUUUCCUCGACCCUUAAAUUUACAGUUUAAUACUUAUCAGUUGUUUAGUUUUUUCUUUCUAAAACAGCUUAAAGAUGAAGACGUUGCUUGUUAUCUUUUCUUAUUUCCGUAUUUUAAUUGUUUCGCCUGAGCUUUUAGAUAGCUUUAGUCUUUUUUUCCAUUCAUAAAUUUUCUUAUUUUCCUACUUCUUGUCGUUCCCCCGAAGUGCUCCGCGAGGUCCUGCGAUUCACGUAUUUUUAUUUAGUCCAUAAGUACUAGGUACAGAAGGUGACCGUCUUCAGUUGUCCAGUACUCUAUAAAACAACGACACAUUGAAACUUGGAAGGUUUUUUUUUUACCUUUAGCGGUUGUUUGCAUGAAACUUACUGUACCAGACAACGGCGGGGUAGUUCCAUCAUCUUGUUCUCAAACAGACGUCGAGUAUGGCACACGCUGUGUUUUCUACUGCGGUGAUGGGUAUGCGCUGAGAGGUCCCAGAUACACUACGUGUCAGAACGACACAAGCUGGAGCGAAAUCGCAGCAUUGUCCUGUGAGAGAGGUAAAAAGUUUCAUUUCAUGUAUUCGAUGUUUAUAAUGUCUCAUAGUACAGCCAAUUCAACAAACUCAUAAUGAGGUCUGCAGAGAAACACGUUGAUUGGUCGGGAUUGACGUAAAUGCUGGUUAUUACUCAUUGUGUCACUCUUUCUGGGCGGAAUGGUCAGAGUUAUAAGAAAACUAAAAAUGGAAGAAGGUUUGGUUUUAUCGUCACACUCAUGCAGUCUCUAAAUAAUGUAAUUGAUCGAAUGAUUGUACACUGAACUUUCAUUACCAAAUUUUAAAUGAAAAAAAAAAAUAAAUAAAACAAGCCUUAACUAUUUUUUAACUUUCAACAGUGUACAAGGACCCGUGGAUCGUGUGCCCAAUCGAUAGAGUAGAAGAACUUGAGCCAACCAAGUCGACGGUGGUGCUAGGCUAUAAAUGGCAGCUUCCAAGAACGAACAUGAUUAACGUUGUUGUGUCACCUAGCAACUACAAUGAGAAUUAUACCUUUCCUGUAGGCAGGCAUCGUGUCACGUGGACAGGCACUAGUGACAGUGGAAUACAAAAGAGUUGCAGUUUCCAUAUCACUGUUGUUGGUGAGAAAUUGCUUCAUGCAGGUCUUAGAUUUAGUUUUAGAUUUACCUUUAGACACUAGAGGAGGUCGACGCUAGAGAUUGUUACUUACUUAGCUCUUUAAAUGCCAAGAGUGAUCAACAUCUGUUUUCUCCCAACAAUGUCAAUGUAUAAUCGCGGGGAAAGGUUACAAGGAUCAAUAAAAUGAUCACCUAUAGGAAAACUGUGGAUCUUUAUAUAAAUUCUCUCUACUCAUUUUUUAACCCUUUCACUCCCAGAGUGCUUGAUGGAGCCGAGGUUUGUGAGGUAACUCUAACUUUUGAGUCUGUGGACGAAACUCUAUGGAAUGACCAUUCAAAUGAAACCUCUCUACCUGUACUUACACAUGUUGCUACUUGUUUUUCAAGAUUUCACAACAUGAAAUUUGGAAUUUUUUGUUGAAGUUUACCUUUGGCCACAUUUGGCAGUCAAAGGGUUAACAAAAUGAAUGGAGGUCACCUUAAGAUUUGUAUGUGGAUCAGGGGGUUGAAAGGGGUAAUUUUCUACUUUCGUCCCGUAGUCAGAUCAGUGAAAAUGAUGCCGACGGAGUAUGUGGCUUUAAUCCUUAUCCAAGAACAUUAGAAGGAUUAAUAAUUUACUGACUGGUAUGGAACAGUAGGCAGCACCUUUCGCUUCUUACUUUUAAGGUCUUGAGUCCCACCCAGAAUCAAACCAAAUCCCUAGCCGUGGGUCCACCCAAAUGAUCUAACCAGUCUGUGGUUAAAGAGUGUAUGCCUUUCUGGGAAUAAGAGUGAUUGUGCAAAUAGCCAUGUAUGUGGCCAGUCCCCAGCAUAAUUUUCUAUUUUAAAAUUUGGCGCACCGUUUGCCCGAACUGUAAGCCAACAGUUUCCCCAUGUCAAUGUGGAAAAACAUUAAGUUAAAUUUAGAGGUUUUAAUUGAUCAUUUUAUUCUCCUAGACGUAACUCCUCCCACGGUGCAGAACUGUCCUUCUAAUAUAACUGAUCGCAGCAACUCACUACAAAAGGACAUCACGUGGACAGCACCAACAUUCACUGAUAAUGUGGCCGUGGUAAGCGUAUUGUCCAAUCGCGAGCCUGGAUUCACCAUGGAUACUUACACAUCACUAACAGUGCGAUACACGGCUUCUGAUGCAGCAGGAAACAUUGUUUAUUGCACUUUCAUCAUCACCUUGGAAGGUAUAGCAGCAAUAAUAGGUCUUCACUCUACCAUGUCAUUUUUAUCCAUCACGUCAAACGUCGCUUUUCAAAGGCCUCUCUUAAUUUAUCUUAUAGUGGGUUCAACCCUUUACGUCCAUGAGUGAAUAUCAUUAAUUUACGCAACAACUCUCUCUUUCUAUAAUAUUAAUAAUAUGCGAUUGUUUUUCUAUAAUACCCAGCGUGAUACUCUGGGUCGCAUAGGUAUGUUGGGUCUGUAGCUUCGGAAUUCCAUACAUGGUCAUAUUGAAUUUCAUACGUUUUAAUCGUGACUUUCUUAUAUAAAGUACUUAAUGGCAACAUUGAUAUUGACAUCAGUAAAAUUAUAGAUUUCCACUCAGAAGCUGACCGCUUCUCACUUAGGGCUAAGGACUCUUUAACUUUAAAGAAGAAAUAUGCCAGAACUAAUGUCUUGAAGUACAGUUUUUUUCCAUAGAAUUACUGACCAGUGGAAUCAACUACCGUUAGACAUUCGUGUUUCUGAUGAUGUAAAUAUUUUUAAGUCUAGAGUUAGGAAAUUUUUCAGUGAUUUUUAAGUAGCUUUUAUAUUUCUGUAUUUUCUGAAACUAUUAUUUCAUUGUGUUUCUAUAUAUUUUUAGGUGAUCUGUUUUUAUAUGGGGUCUAGGACUUCUUUACAGUUCAUCCUUUGGUUUUUAAUCCAUAGAUUGUAAUAAAUAACAUGCACAGCUAAGAUGGCUGCAGGACACUACAUCUUAGGUGUUGUAGUGUCAAGUCGACUUUGACAGUAUUUUUUAUUUCAGUCUAAGCAGUUGUUGGCAAUUAUGCUUGAGUUCGGGGCGGUUGUCGAGUCUCCUUUAAGUUCUUCGUGGAUGCGGUUUUAAUUAACAAGUGUGUCUAUUUUUUGUCGUGGUCGGUGGUUUGUCUUAGUCUUUCUUGUCCAUGAAACGGUCACCCGUCCUUUUGUCCGGGGGCAGUAUGUCUACGUUAUCGUCGGUUGCCAGUCGUUCCAUUUUCUCUUCGUCUGCAUUCAAGUUGCAGUCCGCAGUCUAUCUCUGUUCUUAGGGAGGCGGAUUGUAAAGUAAACUCUCUUCGUUUAUGAAUAAGGUGAUGAAGGCUGGUUUCCACUUUAAACGGAUUCAAGAGGGGAGUUCAAAGAAAAUGGAAACGUUCUGUUUCUUGCGGGUCCGAUUUAGUCGAGUUUAAAACUCUCUGACCUACCGAGCGCCACUACUCGAAUAAGCGCCACAUCUUUACAGGAAAUAAUUUAAAAACACGCCGCGGCGUUACUAUUGUUAUUUACAAAUUAACCCCCCCCCCCCCCCCCUUGUUAUGGCGCUUGAUAUAAAGAGAUAUCAAAACCAUAUCGUUGGUUCUUUAACUUUAUUAGAUUUUAAUUGCUAUUUCAUGUACCUUUUGUAACAUGGGAUAUGUUUGUUUGUCUUUUAUAAACACUUAUUGCUAUUAUUAUUAUUAUUAUUUUAUACAACAAGACUUUAUUUCAUAUUUACAUACAAAGGAAAAAUUACAAAAAUUGUAGAAAACUAGAAAAAGAAGUAGCAGAGAGAGUUUCAGUUUAAACUUCUACAUAGACGAAUUGCAACCAAUGAUUUUCUAUAAAAAAAAAUAGGAAUUAAACAGUCUGAUUCCUGCACCUUCUGUGGAGAAGCAACGGAAAACCUGGUUCACUUAUUUUGGAGCUGUAAAUAAUCUAACGCCUUUUGGAAAGACUGCUAUCAAUGGAUAAUGCAAAACACCUCCAAAGUAGAAAAAUUCAACCUUUCGGGAGCUCUCUUAUUUGGCUUAUUAACGAUGCAAAAGCUUUACUACUGCACCAUUUACUACUUAUUGCCAGGCAUUAUACCUACACCUGUAAACAAAGAGAUACGCGCCCAAAUGUCCAACUGUACAUACAAAUAGUUCAACGUACUGUGGAAAUAGAAGGGCAAAUUGCAAAAGACCAUAAUUCUUUAGACACUUUUAAAAAGAAAUGGUCUUUAUUAUUAUUAUUGUUGUUGUUAUUAUUAUUAUUAUUAUUAUUAUUAUUAUGUGGGGAAACUCUUGAAACCCAUUUCAUAUAACAGUUCAAGGUGUACAUAUUUUAUACUUUAUCGUGCAUACUCAGUAUGCACCUCACUUGAUUCUCUCUAUAUUCCCCUCAGUAUUUCACCCGUAGUUGAAAUAAGCGCCGCACCCAUAACAGGGGAAAUGAAAUAAGCGCCGCGGCGCUUAAUCGAUCAUUUAUGGUAUU